AUGCCGUCCAUCCCAGAGGAGCCCGAGGUGCCGGACAACGAGGUUGAGCGCUUCACCAUGCCUGACUUUGUCAAGCCCCUGUACGACCUUGACGUGAUCGAGGGCAAGGAGGCCGUGCUCAAGUGUAAGGUGGCUGGCCUGCCGUACCCCACCAUUGUGUGGUUCCACAACGGCAAGAGAAUUGACAGCACGGAGGACAGGAAAAUGACACAGUGUGAGUUGAGAUUAGUAUUUUAUAAAUCCAGCUCUAUAAGAUAAACAUCAACUUCAACAAAUCAAAUAAAAACGAAUUGUAUUGGUCGCGUACACAGUUUAUCAGAAGUUAUAGCGGGUGCAGCGAAAUUCAGUUAAUGUCAAACAAUUACACAAAUAAUAAUAACUAAAUAACUGUUUUAUCAAGAAACGAAUGAACAACCCAAAUAGCACCAUUGUAACAGUAAUCUAAAUGCAAUCUAUACGUACAGUGCAUUCGGAAAGUAUUCAGACCCCUUCCCCUUUUCCACAUUUUGUUACAUUAUUCUUUUUCUAAAAUUUCUAAAAUAGAAAAAUGUCCUCAUCAAUCUACAGUACACAAAAUACCACAUAAUGACAAAGUGAAAACAGGUUUUUAGAAAUGUUAGCAAAAACAGAAAUACCUUAUUUACAUAAGUAUUCAGUACCUUUGCUGUGAGACUUGAAAUUGAGCUCAGGUGCAUCCUGUUUCAAUUUAUCAUCCUUGAGAUGUUUCUACAACUUGAUUGGAGUCCACUUGUGGUAAAUUCAUUUAAUUGGACAUGAUUUGGAAAUGCACACACCAGUCUAUAUAACGUCCCACUGCUGGCAGUGCCUGUCAGAGCAAAAACCAAGAUAUGAGGUCGAAGGAAUUGUCCGUAGAGCUCUGAGACAGGAUUGUGUUGAGGCACAGAUCUGGGGAAGGGUACCAAAACAUUUCUUCAGCAUUGAAGGUCCCCAAGAACACAGUGGCCUCCAUUAUUCUUAAAUGGAAGACGUUUGGAACCAACAAGACUCUUCCUAGAGCUGGCCAACCGGCCAAACUGAGCAAUCGGGGGAGAAGGGCCUUGGUCAGGGAGGUGACCAAGAACCCGAUGGUCACUCUGACAGAGCUCUAGAGUUCCUUUGUGGAGAUGGGAGAACAUUCCAGAAGGACAACCAUCUCUGCAGCACUCUACCAAUCAGGCCUAUAUGGUAGAGUGGCCAGACGGGAAGCCAGUCCUCAGUAAAAGGCACAUGAGCUUGGAGUUUGCCAAAAGGUACCUAAGGACUCUCAGACCAUGAGAAACAAGAUUCUCUUGUAGAGUCUUUUUUAUUUGCAAACAUUUCUAAAAACCUGUUUUUUGCUUUGUCAUUAUGGGGUAUUGUGGGUAGAUUGAUGAGGGAAAAAACAACAACAAUUUACUCAAUUUUAGAAUAAAGCUGUAACGUAACAAAAUGUGUAAAAAGUGAAGUGGUCUCAAUACUUUCCGAAUGCACUGUACUUACACCAGAUUUAUUUACACAAUAUAUACUAAGAAUGGUAUGUACAACAGUAGAUAUAUUAGAGUGAGCUAUUUCAAGAGUCCAGUAUGUAAAUAUGCAAUUUGUAAAAUGUGUGCCUCCGAUGAUGCGUUGGGAUGACCGCACCACCUUCUGCAGAGCCCUGCGGUUGUGGGUAUACCAGGCAGUGAUACAGCCCGACAUAAUGCUCUUGAUGGUGCAUCUGUAGAAGUUCAUGAGGAUCUUAGGGGCCAAGCCAAAUUUCUUCAGCCUCCUGAGAUUGAAGAGGCGCUGUUGCACCUUCUCCACCACGCUGUCGGCGUGAAGGGACCAUUUCAUGUCCUCAGUGAUGUGCACGAUGAGGAGCUUGAAGAUUUUGACCCUCUCCACUGCAGCCCUGUCGAUGUGGAUGGGGGCGUGCUCUCUCUGCUGUCUCCUUUAGUCCAGGAUCAGCUCCUUCGUUUUGUUGACAUUGAGGGAGAGGUGAUUUUCCUGGCACCACUCCGCCAGGGCUCUCACCUCCUCCCUGUAAGCUGUCAGGCCUAUCACUGUCGGGCCGUCAGCCAACUUGAAGAUUGAGUUGGAGACGUGCAUGGCCACGUAGUCAUGGGUGAACAGGAAGUACAGGAGGGGGCUGAGCAUGCACCCCUAUGGGGCCUCCGUGUUGAGGAUCAGUGUGGCGCAUGUGUUGUUUCCAACCUUCACCACCUAGGACCCAGUUGCACAGGGAGGGGUUCAGACCCAUGGCCCUUAGUGAUGAGCUUGGAGGGCACUAUGGUGUUGAAGGCUGAGCUGUAGGCAAUGAACAGCAUUCAUACAUAGGUAUUCCUCUUGUCCAGGUGGUACAGGGCAAUGUGCAGUGCAAUGGUGAUUGCGUCAUCCGUGGAUCUGUUGGGGCGAUAUGCAAAUUGUAGUGGGUCUAGGGUGUUGGGUAAGGUGGAAGUGAUAUGAUCCUUCAGUAGCCUCUCAAAGCACUUCAUGAUGACAGAGUGCAGUUACCUUCACAUUCUUGGGUACAGAAACAAUGGUGGACAUCUUAAAGCAAGUGGGGAGAACAAACUGGGAUAGGGAGAGAUUGAAUAUGUCCGUAAACACUGCAGCCAGCUGGUUUGCACAUGAGGACAUGGCUUGGGAUGCCUUCUGGGCUGGCAGCUUUGCGAGGGUUAACACACUUGACACAUUCAAUGCAAAAAAACUGAUAUCUCUAGGUUAUAUUGUCGGAUUUUGAUGGGGAUUUUUUUAUGAUGUUACCGGUGUGUCAAUCGACUUUAGGGGGUUAAUCAGUUUAAGUGCAACAUUGUUUUUUGUUGCACAGCUUGGAUUCAAAAAAUGCACUUUCAGCAGGAUAUAACGAUUAUCUUAAUGCUAUCAAGGCUUUGAGAAACUCACCCCUGUGCUGUUCCUCUCUUCCAGUCAGAGACAUCCACAGCUUGGUCAUCCACUCUGUCUGCCACGCCCACGGAGGGGUAUACAAGAGCGUAAUCUCCAACAAGGUGGGCAAGGCCACCUGCUACGCCCAUCUCUACGUGACUGGUGAGGAAUCCCAGAUGAUUUUUUGCUAAUACUUACUUCCAACCUACAUGUAUAAUGCACUAUUAUACAGUUAUAAUGCAUUGUAAGACAUUGUCCAUUGUCAUGUGCAUGUAUGGGCCUCAUAUUGCCUAAGAGCCAUUUUAAGUCAGUUGACAUUUUAUCAACAUUGUCAAGAGAGUAUAGUCUGUUGCUGAAUCCCAAAUCAACCCCAUAUAGCCCCUACCCCCAUAGUACUCCUGUAGAUCUGAAAUAAUCUGAUAGGUUUAAGCAACAAAGCAAUUACAUAGGUUUGCCUUGCUUUGCCUCGACUGGGUAGAAUUUUCACCAUAUUGCGCGUACCUAUCCAAUUGUUUCAGUUCUAGAGGAGUGCCAAGGGGCUAGGGGUCAAUUUGGGAUCUUGAUGCAUGCACAAGAAGGGGAUUUCACCAUUCCCCAUUAACUUGAAUUACAGUGUUGAUGGAAUUAGGCACCUUGUGCUUUUAACAAACGUGCAAACCUAUGAUAAAAUGCUUAUCCUCCUAUUCAACUUAGCUAUUUACUGUAGGGGAGGUGAUAAAGGGAUACUGUAUAAUAUGAAGGUGAUUGAACACUUAAAAGUGAACACUUAUGGUGUUAAACACUUGUAGUGUUAAAUCAUAAAUCUAUUGCUGUUUGGUUAUUUUCAGACGUUCUUCCAGACCCUCCAGAUGGGCCCCCAGUAAUAGAGACUGUUACUGGCAAGACUAUCACCCUGAGCUGGAAGAAACCCCGGAGGCUGGAUCCCUCUAUUGGUCAUUUUCUUUUCACUAGCAUUACUAUCAUUCAAUAUAAUGUGGACUGUGGAGCCAUGGUUUCCUGUAUUUCAAGAGCUAGAGCUGCUAGACAAUUGUAAAAAAAUAUAUAAAUAAAAAUAAAAUAAAAAUGUAAAACUGAAGAAUGAUAUAUCUUUACUGCAUUUAGUUUUGCCAAGUCAUAGUCUAAAAUCGAAAGCACAGCACCAGGGUGAAUAAUUUAUUGUUUAAGAAUAUUGAAUAAGAUGCGGCUGCGGGUAGACGGUAUCGGUGAUGGGGUUCAUACAAAUCUGCAGUGUGGGAAUAUAACAGUUCAAGCACAUCUAAAUUGCAUUUUGUUUUGUUAUACAUCCGUUUUUCUAGUACAGGAAAACAUCUAGUACACGUUCAAUUUAAUUUUGUUUGAAUGCCAUUCCAUCGGCCAUCUACACAGCUGGUCAAAGUCAUGCUCUGUCUACAUGCAUUCACACAUUGAAAAUGUAUAUGUUUGUCAUUGCAGAUCCCAACACGUUGAUGUAUGCCAUCCAACAACAAGCGCUCGGCUCGAACCAGUGGACCGUCAUAGCGUCCAGUUUGAAAGAGCCUUGCUACACAGUGACCACUUGCUCCAAAGGAGUCCGCUACACCUUCAGGGUCUUGUCAAUCACAACCAAGGCCUUUAGCAAACCCUCUCCGUCCACAGACCCAGUGCAACUUGUCGAAAGAGGUAUGAGCCAUCAAGUGAGGGCAACAUGAAUUGAUGACAUGAUGCUUAUAUUGGUUGGUGGCAGGGGCUGAUAACUAAAAAAGCAUGGAUUUCACUCUCUCCUUGUCUAAAGACUGCUGACAAGGAAAGGAAACAAAUAUGUAAUUUUUUUAUUUAGAUGAACUAUCCCUUUACAUGAUUUUAUAUCUCCCAAGGUCCAUAUCUUCAGGAGGCUCCAGUCAUAAUUGAUAAGCCAGACAUGGUCUAUGUGCAGGAGAACCAGUCAGUCAGCAUCACUAUAACUCUGAACCACAUCAACGCUGCAGUAAUCUGGAAGAGGCAAGUCACGCACUGGAUCACUACACCUGAUACUCUAUUAAUAAUGUAGAGUUGCGGUCAAAUACACUGAGUGUAUAAAACAUUAGGAACACCUGCUCUUUCCAUGACAGACUGACCACAUGAAUCCAGUGAAAGCUAUGAUCCCUUAUUGAUGUCACCUGUUAAAUCAAUUUCAAUCAGUGUAGAUGAUGGGGAGGAGACAGGGUAGAGAAAUAUGUUUAAGCUUUGAGACAAUUAAGACAUGGUAUGUGUACCAUUCAGAGGACAAAUGGGCAAGACAAAAGAUUGAAGUACCUUUGAACAGGGUAUGGUAGUAGGUGCCAGGCGCACCGGUUUGAGUGUGUCAAGAACUGUAACGCUGCUGGGUUUUUCACACUGAACAGUUUCCUGGGUGUAUCAAUAAUGGUCCACCACCCAAAGGGCAUCCAGCCACUUCAAAGUAAAAAAAUGACCUGGACUAAAAUAUUUGACAAAAGUCACCUAAAGGACUCUCAGACCAUGAUAAACAAGAUUCUCUGGUCUGAUGAAACCAAGAUUGAACUAUUUGGCCUGAAUGCCAAGCGUCAUGUCUGGAGGAAACCUGGCACCAUCCCUACGGUGAAGCAUGGUGGUGGCAGCAUCAUGCUGUGGGGAUGUUUUUCAGCGGCAGGGACUGGGAGACUAGUCAAGAUUUUGGGAAAGUUGAGCGGAGCAAAGUACAGAGAGAUCCUUGAUGAAAACCUGCUCCAGAGCGCUCAGGACAUCAGACUGGGGCGAAGGUUCACCUUCACACAGCCAAGACAGUGCAGGAGUGGCUUCGGGACAAGUCUCUGAAUGUCCUUGAGUGGCCAAGCCAGAGCCCGGACUUGAACCCAAUCGAACAUCUCUGGAGAGACCUGAAAACAGCUGUGCAGUGACGCUCCCCAUCCAACCUGACAGAGCUUGAGAGGAUCUGCAGAGAAGAAUGGGAGAAACUCCCCAAAUACAGGUGUGCCAAGCUUGUAGUGUCAUACCCAAGAAGACUCGAGGCUGUAAUCACUGCCAAAGGUGCUUCAACAAAGUACUUAGUAAAGGGUCUGAAUACUUAUGUAAAUGUUAUAUUUCAGUUUUUUAUUUGUAAAACAUUUGCCCCCCAAAAAACUGUUUUUGCUUUGUCAUUAUGGAGUAUUGUGUGUAGAUUGAUGAGGUAGGAAAAAAAACAAUUUAAUUCAUUUUAGAAUAAGGGUGUAACGUAACCAAAUGUGGAAAAAGUGAAAGGGUCUGAAUACUUUUCGAAUGCACUGUAUGUGACCCAUGUGGGAAUCAAACCCACAAACACACUGAGCCAUCAAUCAACUCUUAGUAAUUGUUUUUACCUGUAUUUGAAAAGCACCUGGCCUUCUUGUUUGCGCCACCACAAUUGAGUCCCCAAAAAUGCAAGUGUGCAAAAAUGUCAUUUUAAUACCAAGUACUUUAGGAUAAAACAAGGAAAUGUGUGAAACAGUCACACAACAAAAGUUCUUACCCACAAAAAGUAGCAUCACCCCGACAAUGGGAUAUCUAAGUUGCCUUCUUGUUCUCUACUUUCAGGAGGGGAGUGGUCCUUGCCACCAAACCUGGGCUGUAUGAGAUGAGUAUGCCCGAUGACGACCAGCACUCUCUGAAGAUCCUGAGGGUGACGAGUGGCGACUUGGGCCAACUGAUGUGUGUGGCAUCCAACAAGUUUGGCAGCGACUCCUGCAUCUUUAGUGUGGAAAUGGCAGGUGAGUGUAAUAAUGAUGGAUUGUGAUAAUGGAUAGAAUUUUUGGAUAUAUCUCUAUUUACAGGAGCUCAAAGCGCUUUGCAUUGUUUUAAAGGGGACACUCUUCUAAUCCACAACAGUUAUGGCCAUUAAAAAGUUAGCUACUUUUUCUAAAUGCCUUGCUGCAGCAAGGUACGUCGUCUGGACAUUUUGUCCGCGUCAUGUUUUGUUUCCUUACAAUGAUAUUUUGAGUUUCGAGAUACUGAGUAUUGUGACAACACUAUCAAACACAUUCUCGUGUUCCCUAUCUGUAGCACCGCCAACCUUUGAGUCAAUCAUGGAGGAUGUGGAUGUGCACAUGGGAGAUACGCCUCGCUUGGCUGUUGUCGUGGAGGGCAAGCCCAUUCCCGACAUCCUUUGGUUUAAGGUGCAUAAAUUGAGACACAUACAUAUGAGUGUUUAUAUCAUUGGAACUGUUUAUUAAUUUCACACUCAUGCCUUGUAGUUACUCAAUAGCUAACAAGACUGAUAACCAGUAUGUAGGUACUCAGCUAGUAGCUGCUGAGAAGGUACAUAAAUAAUGACUGAAUUGUAGUGACAGGAAACUGUCCACAUUAUGUUUCAAAUUAGGUUCUAAUAUGCUAAGUGUGUAAUUACAGGUAACAUUGACAUUCUAUGUAAUCAUAUUAGGCUGUUUAUUUUCAUGUAAAAAAGAUUACAUUCAGAGUGACUUAUUGUUACUUGGUUUCAGGAUGAUAUAUUGUUGUGUGAGAGUAGUCACAUCACCUUUGUGUAUGACGACAACGAAUGCUCCCUCGUGGUGCUCAACACAAGUCUGGAAGACUCAGGGGUGUAUACCUGCACAGCCAAGAACCUGGCUGGCUCUGUGUCCUGUAAGGCUGAGCUCACCGUACACACAGGUAAGCCUCUACAUACCAUUCAAUCAAAUAUGCAUUCCAGUAUUGACACAGAGGCAUAGUUGUGUAAGCAAAGAUAAUGAAUUAAAAGGACCUUUCACUCCAAAAUGAAAGUUUGUCCAAUGUUUUCAGACCUCAAAAGUAGACGAUUGAUGAGAUAUGUCCACAUCCUAGGCCAUCAGUUGUGUCGAUCCAGCUAUAUGACUUAAUCCCCAAAUGAAAGGGUGCUUAUAAUUUCCAUUCAUUUGGGGUGGAGACAGCCAGAUCUACACAACCGAUGUCGUAGGUUUUGGAUUAAUUUUGACGUUAGACUACAUUUGAGGUCUGAAAACAUUGGAUAAACUUUCAUUUUGGAGUGAAAUGUCCCUUCAUCAUUGCUUAGGUAGAUCACAAAGGACAAUUAUUAGUCAGAUUGUUGAGAUGCAGCUAUGUAGAGGCCAAUGUAAAUUAGCGGUUGGGAAUGUGAUUAUCUCAGGGGCAGAAUACUCUGACAUAUGGGCCUGUAAUUAGGGUACAUUGUACUUGUGUGCACUCACUUUUGUGCUACCCUGCAGUUAGAGAAGACAAGGAGGAUCCAAUGGAGGACGAGGAGACAAUUCUCAGGAAGAUGCGUCGGCUGACUGACUACUAUGACAUCCACAAGGAAAUCGGGAGGUGAGGCACCAGUUUGUAAAUAAAGCUAGAAAGAAGAAAUAUAUAUAUAUAUAUAUAUAUAUAUAUAUAGAAUAUAUAUAUAUACAGUACCAGUCAAAAGUUUGGACACACCUACACAUUCAAGGGUUUUUCUUUAUUUUUACUAUUUUCUACAUUGUAGAAUAAUAGUGAAGACAUCAAAACUAUGGACAUAUCUCAUCACUCGUCUAUAACACAUGAAAUAACACAAUCAUGUAGUAACCAAUAAAGUUUUACACAAAUCAAAAUAUCUUAUAGAUUUUAGAUUCUUCAAAGUAGCCACCCUUUGCCUUGAUGACAGCUUUACACACUCUUGGCAUUCUCUCAACCAGCUUCAUGAGGAAUGCUUUUCCAACAGUCUUGAAGGAGUUCCCACAUAUGCUGAGCACUUGUUGGCUGCUUUUCCUUCACUCUGCAGUCCAACUCAUCCCAAACCAUCUCAAUUGGGUUGAGGUCGGGUGAUUGUGGAGGCCAGGUAAUCUGAUGCAUCACUCCAUCACUCUCCUUCUUGGUCAAAUAGCAUUGUCCUGUUUAAAAACAAAUGAUAGUCCCACUAAGCGCAAACCAGAUGGGAUGGUGUAUCGCUGCAGAAUGCUGUGGUAGCCAUGCUGGUUAAGUGUGCCUUGAAUUCUAAAUAAAUCACAGACAGUGUCACCAGCAAGGCACCAUCACACCUCCUCCUCCAUGCUUCACGGUGGGAACCACACAUGCGGAGAACAUCCGUUCACCUACUCUGCGUCUCACAAAGACACGGUGGUUGGAAUAAAAAAUCUCAAAUUUGGACUCAUCAGACCAAAGGACAGAUUUCCACCGGUCUAAUGUCCAUUGCUCGUGUUUCUUGGCCCAAGCAAGUCGCUUCUUAUUAUUGGUGUCCUUUAGUAGUAGUUUCUUUGCAGCAAUUCGACCAUGAAGGACUGAUUCACGCAGUCUCCUCUGAACAGUGAAUGUUUAGAUGUGUCUGUUACUUGAACUCUGUGAAGUAUUUAUUUGGGCUGCAAUCUGAGGUGCAGUUAACUCUAAUGAACUUAUCCUCUGCAACAGAGGUAACUCUGGGUCUUCCUUUCCUGUGGCGGUCGUCAUGAGAGCCAGUUUCAUCAUAGCGCUUGAUGGUUUUUGCGACUGCACUUGUAGAAACUUUCAAAGUUCUUGAAUUUUCCGUAUUGACUGACCUUCAUGUCGUAAGGUAAUGAUGGACUGUCGUUUCUCUAUACUUAUUUGAGCUGUUCUAGCCAUAGCAUGGACUUGGUCUUUUACUAAAUAGGGCUAUCUUCUGUAUACCACCCCUACCUUUUCACAACACAACUGAUUGGCUCAAACACAUUAAGAAGGAAAUAAAUUCCACAAAUUAACGUUUAACAAGGCACACCUGUUUAUUAAAAUGCAUUCCAGAUGACUACCUCAUGAAGCUGGUUGAGAGAAUGCCAAGAGUGUGCAAAGAUGUCAUCAAGGCAAAGGGUGGCUACUUUGAAGAAUCUCAAAUAUAGUAGUCCCCUGUAGCUCAGUUGGUAGAGCAUGGCACUUGCAACGCCAGGGUUGUGGGUUCGUUUCCAACGGGGGACCAGUAAUGAAAAUGUAUGCACUCACUAACUGUAAGUCGCUCUGGAUAAGUGCGUCUGCUAAAUGACUAAAAUGUAAAUAAUAAAAUAUAUUUUGAUUUGUUUAACACUGUUUUGGUUACUACAUGAUUCCAUAUCUGUUAUUUCAUAGUUUUGAUAUCUUCACUAUUAUUCUAAAUAAAUAGUAAAAAUAAAGAAAAACCCUUGAUUGUGUAAGUGUGUCCAAACUUUUGACUGGUCCUGUAUAUAUAUAUAUAUAUAUACAGUGGGGAAAAAAGUAUUUAGUCAGCCACCAAUUGUGCAAGUUCUCCCACUUAAAAAGAUGAGAGAGGCCUGUAAUUUUCAUCAUAGGUACACGUCAACUAUGACAGACAAAUUGAGAUUUUUUUUCCAGAAAAUCACAUUGUAGGAUUUUUUAUUAAUUUAUUUGCAAAUUAUGGUGGAAAAUAAGUAUUUGGUCACCUACAAACAAGCAAGAUUUCUGGCUCUCACAGACCUGUAACUUCUUCUUUAAGAGGCUCCUCUGUCCUCCACUCGUUACCUGUAUUAAUGGCACCUGUUUGAACUUGUUAUCAGUAUAAAAGACACCUGUCCACAACCUCAAACAGUCACACUCCAAACUCCACUAUGGCCAAGACCAAAGAGCUGUCAAAGGACACCAGAAACAAAAUUGUAGACCUGCACCAGGCUGGGAAGACUGAAUUUGCAAUAGGUAAGCAGCUUGGUUUGAAGAAAUCAACUGUGGGAGCAAUUAUUAGGAAAUGGAAGACAUACAAGACCACUGAUAAUCUCCAUCGAUCUGGGGCUCCACGCAAGAUCUCACACCGUGGGGUCAAAAUGAUCACAAGAACGGUGAGCAAAAAUCCCAGAACCACACGGGGGGACCUAGUGAAUGACCUGCAGAGAGCUGGGACCAAAGUAACAAAGCCUACCAUUAGUAACACACUACGCCGCCAGGGACUCAAAUCCUGCAGUGCCAGACGUGUCCCCCUGCUUAAGCCAGUACAUGUCCAGGCCCAUCUGAAGUUUGCUAGAGUGCAUUUGGAUGAUCCAGAAGAGGAUUGGGAGAAUGUCAUAUGGUCAGAUGAAACCAAAAUAUAACUUUUUGGUAAAAACUCAACUCGUCGGGUUUGGAGGACAAAGAAUGCUGAGUUGCAUCCAAAGAACACCAUACCUACUGUGAAGCAUGGGGGUGGAAACAUCAUGCUUUGGGGCUGUUUUUCUGCAAAGGGACCAGGACGACUGAUCCGUGUAAAGGAAAGAAUGAAUGGGGCCAUGUAUCGUGAGAUUUUGAGUGAAAACCUCCUUCCAUCAGCAAGGGCAUUGAAGAUGAAACGUGGCUGGGUCUUUCAGCAUGACAAUGAUCCCAACCACACCGCCCGGUUAACGAAGGAGUGGCUUCGUAAGAAGCAUUUCAAGGUCCUGGAGUGGCCUAGCCAGUCUCCAGAUCUCAACCCCAUAGAAAAUCUUUGGAGGGAGUUGAAAGUCCGUGUUGCCCAGCGACAGCCCCAAAACAUCACUGCUCUAGAGGAGAUCUGCAUGGAGGAAUGGGCCAAAAUACCAGCAACAGUGUGUGAAAACCUUGUGAAGACUUACAGAAAACGUUUGACCUGUGUCAUUGUCAACAAAGGGUAUAUUACAAAGUAUUGAGAAACUUUUGUUUCUUGACCAAAUACUUAUUUUCCACCAUAAUUUGCAAAUAAAUUCAUAAAAAAUCCUACAAUGUGAUUUUCUGGAAAAAAAAAUCUCAUUUUGUCUGUCAUAGUUGACGUGUACCUAUGAUGAAUAUUACAGGCCUCUCUCAUCUUUUUAAGUGGGAGAACUUGCACAAUUGGUGGCUGACUAAAUACUUUUUUUCCCCACUGUAUAUAUAUAUAUACAUACAUAUAUAUAUAUAUAUAUAUAUAUAUAUAUAUAUAUAUAUAUAUAUAUAUAUAUAUAUACACACACUGAGUGUACAAAACAUUAGGAACACAUGCUCUUUCCAUGACAUAGACUGAACAGAUGAAUCCAGGUGAAGGCUAUUGUCACUUGUUAAAUGCACUUCUAUCAGUGUAGAUGAAGGGAAGGAGACAUGUUAAAGAAGGAUGUUUAAACCUUGAGACAAUUGAAACAUGGAUUUUGUAUGUGUGCCAUUCAGAGGGUGAAUGGGCAAGACAAAAAAUUGAAGUGCCUUUGAACGGGAUAUGGUAGUAGGUGCCAGGCGCACUGGUUUGAGUGUGUCAAGAACUGCAAAGCUGCUGGGUUUUUCACACUCAACAGUUUCCUGUGCGUAUCAAGAAUGGUCCACCACCCAAAGGACAUCCAGCCAUCUUGACACAAAUGUGGGAAGCAUUGGAGUCAACAUGGCCCAGCAUCCCUGUGGAACGCUUUCGACACCUUAUAGAGUCCAUUUAUCGACUAAUUAAGGCUGUUCUGAGGGCAACAAGUGGUGCAAUUCAAUAUUAGGAAGGUGUUCCUAAUGUUUUGUACACUCAAUGUGUAUAUACAGCUCUUGAAAAAAUUAAGAGACCACUGCAAAAUUAUCAGUUUCUCUGGUUUUACUAUUUAUAGGUAUGUGUAUGGGUAAAAUAACAUUUUUGUUUUAUUCUAUAAACUACUGACAACAUUUCUCCCACAUUCCAAAUAAAAAUAUAGUCAUUUAAAGCAUUUAUUUGCAGAAAAUGACAACUGGUCAAAAUAACAAAAAAGAUGCAGUGUUGUCAGACCUCGAAUAAUGCAAAGAAAAUAAGUUCAUGUUCAUUUUUAAACAACACAAUACUAAUGUUUUAACUUCAGAAAUCAAUAUUUGGUGGAAUAACCCUGAUUUUCAAUCACAGCUUUCAUGCGUCUUAGCAUGCUCUCCACCAGUCUUUCACAUUGAUGUUGGGUGACUUUAUGCCACUCCUGGCGCAAAAAUUCAAGCAGCUCGGCUUUGUUUGAUGGCUUGUGACCAUCCAUCUUCCUCUUGAUCACAUUCCAGAAGUUUUCAAUGGGGUUCAGGACUGGAGAUUGGGCUGGCAAUGACAGGGUCUUGAUUUGGUGGUCCUCCAUCCACACCUUGAUUGACCUGGCUGUGUGCCAUGGUGCAUUGUCCUGCUGGAAAAAUCAAUCCUCAGAGUUGGGGAACAAUGUCAGAGCAAAAGGAAGCAAGUUUUCUUCCAGGACAACCUUGUACGUGGCUUGAUUAAUGCAUCCUUCACAAAGCCCGAUUCCAGCCUUGCUGAAGCACCCCCAGAUCAUCACCGAUCCUCCACCAAAUUUCACAGUGGGUGCGAGACACUGUGGCUUGUAGGCCUCUCCAGGUCUCCGUCUAACCAUUAGACAACGAGGUGUUGGGAAAAGCUGAAAAUUGGACUCAUCAGAGAAGAUGACCUUACUCCAGUCCUCUACGGCCCAAUCCUUAUGGUAUUUUGCAAACCUCAGCCUGGCUCUUCUUUGCUUCUCAUUGAUGAAGGGCUUUUUUCUACCUUUGCACGACUUCAGCCCUGCCCCUAGUCCUCGCCGUGCACUUCACCCCAGCUGCCGUUUGCCAUUCUUUUUGUAGGUCACUUGAUGUCAUUCUACGGUUGUUGGGUGACUUUCAAAUGAGUUGUCGGUCAUCCCAGUCAGUAGAGAGUCGUUUUCGCCCUCUGCCGGUAUGUAGCUUUGUUGUCCCCAAUGUCUACUGCUUGACCUUGUUCUUAUGAACCGCCGUCUUUGAAAUCUUAAGGAUGGAAGCAACCUGACGCUCACUGUAUCCCUCUGCCAGUAAAGCCAGAAUUAAACCCUUCUUUUCCUCACUCAAAACGUUCCUUUUCAACUCUAUUGGCAUGGUCAAUAGUUAUUUUUUGAUUAAUAUUACUUUCCAGGUACUAUUAUCACUGUUUUUGCCAUCCAGCUGGUCCUAUUGCAAGAGGAUAGUGAUGACCACAGCAGUGUUUUUUAUACUUUUCCUCGUUAAAUAAGAUUUGGUUCAGAUGAUCACCUAAUCAGUACCUAAUUCAGUAGAAUGAGUUGUGCCUGUGUUGGAAUUCAACAGACACUGGAAUGGAAUGGCUGUCAUACAUGUAGAGAUGCUGAUUUAUGAAAAAUUUGCAGUGGUCUCUUAAUUUUUUCCAGAGCUGUAUAUAUACAGUUGAAGUCGGAAGUUUACACGCACUUAGGUUGGAGUCAUUUUUACUAGGAUUAAAUGUCAGGAAUUGUGAAAAUGUUUAAAUGUAUGUGGGUAAGGUGCAUGUAAACCUCCGACUUCAUCUGUGUAUAUAUAUAUAUAUAUAUAUAUAUAUAUAUAUACAGUGCAUUAGGAAAGUAUUCAGACCCCUUGACUUUUUCCACAUUUUGUUAUGUUUCAACCUUAUUCUGAAAUUGAUUAGAUAAUUUUUUCCCCCCAUCAAUCUACACACAAUACCCCACAAUGACUAAGCAAAAACAGGUUUAAAAAACAGAAAUACCUUAUUUACUUAAGUAGUCAGACCCUUCGCUAUGAGACUCGAAAUUUAGCUCAGGUGCAUCCUGUUUCCAUUGAUCAUCCUUGUGAUGUUUCUACAACUUGAUUGGAGUCCAGCUAUGGUAAAUUCAUUUGAUUAGACAUGAUUUGAAAGGCACAAACCUGUCUAUAUAAGGUCCCACAGAUUACAUUUCUUGUCAGAGCAAAAACCAAGCCAUGAGGUCGAAGGAAUUGUCCAUAGAUCUCCAAGACAGGAUUGUGUCGAAGCGCAGAUCUGGGGAAGGGUACCAAAAAAUGUCUGCAGCAUUGAAAGUCCCCAAGAACACAGUGGUCUCCAUCAUUCUUAAAUGGAAGAAGUUUGGAACCACCAAGAUUCUUCCUAGAGCUGGCCGCCCGGCCAAACUGAGCAAUUGGGGGAGAAGGGCCUUGGUCAGGGAGACCUUGGUCAUACUGACAGUGCUCCAGAGUUCCUCUGUGGAGAUGGGAGAAACUUCCAGAAGGACAACCAUCUCUGCAGCACUCCACCAAUCAGGCCUUUAUGGUAUAGUGGCCAGACAGAAGCCACUCCUCAGUAAAAGGCACAUGACAGCCCACUUGGUGUUUGCCAAAAGUCACCUAAAGACUCGUAGUCCAUGAGAAACAAGAUUCUCUGGUCUGAUGAAACCAAGAUUUAACUCUUUGGCCUGAAUGCCAACUGUCAUGUCUGGAGGAAACCUGGCACCAUCCCUACGGUGAAGCAUGGUGGUGGCAGCAUCAUGCUGUGGGAAUGUUUUUCAGCGCAGGGACUGGGAUACUACUCAAGAUCGAGGGAAAGAUGAACGGAGCAAUGUACAGGGAGAUCCUUGAUAAAAACCUUCUCCAGAGCGCUCAGGACCUCAGACUGGUGUGAAGGUUCACCUUCCAACAGGACAACGACCCUAAGCACACAGCCAAGACAAUGCAGGAGUGGGUUCGGGACAAGUCUCUGAUCGAACAUCUCUGGAGAGACUUGAAAAUAGCUGUGCAGCGACGCUCCCCAUCCAACCUGACAGAGCUUGAGAGGAUCUGCAGAGAAGAAUGGGAGAAACUCCCCAAAAACAGUUGUGCUAAGCUUGUAGUGUCAUAAUCAAGAUGACCCGAGGCUGUAACCAUUGCCAAAGGUGCUUCAACAAAGUACUGAGUACAGGGUCUGAAUACUUUCCAAAUGCUCUGUAUAUAUAGUUAUGUAAAUGUCAUAUUUCCGUUUUUAAUUUUUUAUAUAUUUGUUAAAAUGUCUAAAAACCUGUUUUUGCUUUGUCAUUAUGGGAUAUUGUUUGUAGAUUGGUGAGGGGGGGAAACUAUUUGAUCCAUUUUAGAAUAAGGCUGUAACGUAACAAAAUUAGGAAAAAGUCUAGGGGUCUGUAAAACCAACAAAUCAAUUCUUAUUUUUGUAUUAAUUUUAAGAACUAUUUCCUUAUAAAUGUUGAGUCAUGCUUAUAAAUAAUGAAAUAUGUGUUUAUUCACGGUUUAGAAAUCGUUGUUUUAUGCUUUUUCAUGAAAGUGAUUGUAAAAUGUUACCUCCCCAUCAAUAAAACAAUAUUUUAGAGGAGCUUUCUCCUACGCGAAACGAGUGACGCAGAAAGUGGGUAAAAUGGAGUAUGCUGCCAAGUUCAUAUCUGCCCGAGCCAAGAGGAAGGCAUCUGCCCUGAGAGAGAUGAACCUGCUGUCUGGGCUGGACCACGAGAGAGUCCUGUAUUUCCAUGAUGCCUUUGAGAAGAAGAACGCAGUCAUCAUUGUCACAGAGAUGUAUCCUUUUCAGAGUUCAUACUCACUGGGGCCUUUUACACAGAUUAAGUAUACCAUUUGGCUUGAAGAGUGGGGAAAUUGGCAGGUAUAAUGGUCAUUAUUUUUAGUAGACACACAUGCACAGACACACUCACAUUCCUGUGUUUGCCUAUUUUUUUCCCUCAUUUAUCUCCUGUCAUAAUUAUGAAGUAUUUCCAGUGUCAUAAAUCUCCUUGAUCAAUGCAUAAAGAUGCGAUGAGGAGCUUCUGGAGAGGUUUACAAAGAAAUCUACAGUGAUGGAGUCGGACGUGAGUUGGUUACUGUGUGCUUGGGGGACACUUCAUUAUGGGAUCAUGAGUAACAGUGACCCCUAUUGUAAGAUCAUUGAACUCUUGUCUGUACCAACCUGGCCCCUAUAAUUAUUAUCUAACAAAGACAACCAAGUAAAUUCACACACUUUUACAGGAAUAAGUGGGACCUUGGGUAACACUUGAUAUGAUCAAACCACCCUGUUUCUCUUAUUGUAUAAGAAUGUGUGUCUUGUCUCCCAUAAUAUCUUUACAAAAUGUAACAUAAUGACAGUAACAUAUCUCUAUACUUGGUAUACCUGCAGAUCCGCUCCUGUAUGAGACAGCUGCUGGAGGGUGUGGACUACCUUCACCAUCAAAAUAUCGUCCAUCUGGAUAUCAAGGUAAACACGUCUUUAGUUAAAAGAGAGUUUUAAGGCCAGGCACAUCAGGCUGAAAUAACAUUUUUGCAUCUAGCUAUUAUUUCUGAGAUUUGUUGGUAUUUUGGUCCAUUAAUGAUAGUUUUUUCUUUAGUUUAUCAUACCACUGUCAUCAACAUUUUAAAAUGGACAUACAUCAAUAAUUUCAAAGCUCACUACAUUGAAUUGUACAAAAUAUUACAAACGGGACUACAUUUAGUAACUUACUUUGAAGAGAUGGUGAUUGGGUCUAAAUAGUCUUUUGGUGUUUGCUAGUCUUAAUUCAGUGUACUUGUCUUUAAUUGCCAUUUCCCCAAAGUCCGACACUUCCCACAAGCCAACUUUUUCUCUGCUUCAGAAGCAUCUGCGUUCACUAAAUUUGGUGUGGUUAUCCUUAGAUAUUCUCCAGACUUGCCUAGAGGGAAUUGUUGAUAUGCUGUCAAUUCUCUAUUUUAGAUAAUAUUUUAUUUGGGAAAAUGUGCCAAAAAUGUAUUUAGUAUUUUACAGAUAGAAAGAUGAAAAAAGUAUUUAUCCUGGAGUGUCUUAAAGAAAUGUAAAAAAUAACAUUUAGGCUGAUCAUCCAGUGGCCAGAAAAAUGUAGUUGCGCUAAAAUGUAAAUGUAUGCCAAUAUGUGCAUAUUUAAUGAGAUAUCACCUAAUUUGCAUAUUUUAAUAACAUAUUUCAGGAAAAAAAAUACAAGUUGAUUGUGAUAUGAUAAAGAAAAAAAAAUAUCCCUAUUAGGGUGUGGGGCCUUAAAGAUAUCUCACAAUAGGUAUUCUGGGUAGUACUGUGUUUUUGUUUAUUGCAGGUGUGCGUUUAGACAAGGAAUAUGUCCCUCUGAAUGCACAAAUUUGGUCAAAAACAAGGUUAUGACUAUGACCACUGGUCGUUAUUCUGAAAUCUGACCUUAUCUUUGGGUUUCCUCCCUAGCCUGAUAACAUACUCAUGGCAGACCCCCAUGGUGAUCAGAUCCGCAUCUGUGAUUUCGGCAACGCCAUGGAGCUCACACCCGACGAGGCUCAAUACUGCAAAUAUGGCACACCAGAAUUUGUUGCUCCAGAAAUUGUCAACCAAACUCCUGUAUCCAAGGCAACUGAUAUCUGGUAAAAAUGCUGGAGGCCAUGCAAGUGUUUAAAACUUGAUUCAUAUCACAAAUGGAUCCUCUCUAAUUCUCUUCUUUCUCUUCCCAGGCCGAUUGGAGUCAUCACAUAUCUGUGGUAGGUACACGUUCAAUGUGUCUUAAAUAUGGUGUCUAUACAACGAUUACAAAACCAAUCAAUGAUUCAUAAGAUGAUUAAUCACAAUUUAAGCAUGGAAUUAUGCACAUGCACACUUUGCAAGCCAGAUAGAUAAAUAAGCACCACAUAAGUACCUGUUCAUUCCUAUUUUAAUUGCUAUUAGAGACCCUAUCAAACAUGCCAUAUUUAUACAUGGCUCUAGAAUCAGUGAACAAUUAGUGAGAGGAAGAGAAGUUAACAGGUGUUUCUGCAUUUCAGCUUGACUGGAGUGUCUCCAUUUGCUGGAGAGAAUGACCGCAGCUCCGUGCUCAACAUCAGGAACUACAAUGUGGCUUUUGAGGAGAGUAUGUUCGCUGACCUGUGCCGUGAAGCUAAGGGAUUCAUCAUCAAACUGCUGGUGGCAGACAGACUGUGAGUAACAACUAUAGAUUUUAACAUGUUCAGGCCAAAACUUGAGAUGUCCAUGUGCUACUCAGAAUGUCAUGUAAAUCAUGCGUUUGAUUUAAUCGUCAAUGUUCCAGACAAUUUUAGUUACGGAUGUCAAGAUAGGAUUUGUCCUUAGGAUUUUUCCUCAGUUCUUAAGCAUUUGUGGGCUUCUUAAGACUGACUAGAAAUCUAAUGUAAAAUGGUAUCAUGUCAUCCCUUUAGGAGGCCUGAUACACAGGAGUGUCUCCGUCAUCCAUGGUUCAAGGUGAGGCAUGUGAACUUUGACAAUGGACUCAUGUGUGACGCAUCACAAACAAGAAUUGCUUUAGGGUUCUGUUCUGACUUGAGAUCCCCCGUCAUAUAUUUUGGUAAAAUAUUGAGCAAUUUCAAAAUUAUGGACUAAUACAUGCUAAUUUAUUCUGUCUUAAUUUUUUCAUAAAGACCCUUACCAAGGGGAAGGCAAUAAGCACAGAGGCCCUCAAGAAGUUUGUGUCUCGUCGAAAGUGGCAGGUAAGGGAUCUGUCAUCAAUCAUAUUUUUAUUUGUAUUAAUUUUUUAUAAAGAAUGUCUUGAAUUGUAUCUAAUUCUGUGUAAUAAAUUGUUUAUGUCCGUCUUUUGUAGCGGUCCCUUAUCAGCUACAAAUCCAAAAUGGUCAUGAGGUCCAUACCUGAGUUGCUGAACGACUCAUCCAGCCACAUCUCCAUCGCUGUUCCCAGACACCUCAAAGAGGGCUCACCCCCACCAUCAUCAUCCUCUGACUCCGACGAAGAUAUUGACGAGCUGCCCUUCAUUCCAAUGCCACUCACCAUGGAGUUCUCCGGAUCAAGAAUGUCUCUGAAUGAGAUCCAGGACGAUCAGGAAGGCACAGGCAAGCCAAAUGGCCCCAUUGACAGACCAGGAUCAACAGUUGCUCAUGGCCAAGAGAAGAUGGUGAGUGAAUCCACGGGGAAAGAGAAAGAGGCUGGAGAAUCUGCAGGUAGAGGCCACACCAGGAAAAGGUCAACGCUAGAAAACGACAAGGGGUCUUCGGACGAGGAGCCCCCCGCAGAGUUGGUGCAAGUAUCAGAGAAGGCAAGAAGGCCCUUGUGCAGAGGCUUGAGCUUGGAGUCGGAUAAGCCAGAGAUAGGAACCAGAAGGGGGCCGCUGCGUAGAGGGGGAUCUGCCGACAGCGCGCUGCUGCUCCACCUUGUACCAGAAGAGGGUGCAGAAGAGGAAACCCUGGAAAGGGGCCGGCGAGUCCUCAAAAAGACAGUAUCGAUGGAGCUGCCUAGGAGGAGCACGAGCCCAGGGCCUCUGAGUCAGGAGGACUAUGCUCUCAAACUGGAGCUGAUGCGGCAGAGGCUACUCCGAGGCGGCUCCGUGGACAAGAAGAUGAGCGGCCUGCGAGGACCCCUGCUGGAGACGCUGGGCAUGGACAAUGGAAAUCAGCGGUCGUCAUCACUGGAACGCUACUCGCGCGCCCCCCGCUUAGGGGUUCCCCCAUUAACCAGGGCGGCUUCCAGCGACGAGCCCAGAGAGGACGUGCCCAAACCCAAAUUGCUUCGCAAGAGCGCCUCAUUCAGUGAAGGAGAUGAUGCAGAGCCAAUUCCUGUGCACAGACGGUCUGGGGAGCCACUGGAGAUCCCGCAGAUAGAGGAGCGAAGGCUCAAGGAGGCCAUAUCCAUGUCUGCUCUCACUGAGCCAUUCAAGAAUGACUCCCGCCCUGUGACUCCCAGGGAACCUUCCCCUAAACUUCCCACACCAAGCCCAGAGCCUGGGGAACAGGAGACAACAACCAAGAUGGAGGACAAGGAAAUUAAGACUGCGGAGUCAGUUGGUAAAAAAAUUGAUGGCGUGACCACAGACAGUAAUGCAGACGAGAGAUCGAGCACAAGUGGUUUCUCAGAGAAGAACACGAGCAUGUCAGAAGAAGCAAUGAUCGAACCGGAGUACGUGGCCCCGAGGGAGCCUAGCCCUCCUGUGAGGGUCCUUACAUUAGAGGAACCAAUGGAGGAAGAGAAAGAAGAGAUUGAGGAAAAAGUGACUGUUCCUGUAGAUGAACCAAAAGCUAGAGAAGUUGAAGAAGUACACAAAGAAGUACAAAAAGAAGUCGAAGAAGUAGAAGAAGAAGUGAAGGCACCAGUGAAAUCUUCUGAAAUGGUCAUUACUACAAGUUCCAUCAGGGUCAUGCCUGCACCAGCAUUUUCAAGGGCACCAGAUAAUGUUGUGACUCCCUUUCCACCUGCGUAUGUGACUCCCUCUCCACCUGCCCUUACUGUUCUCCCAGACGGUAGGACCUCUGCGUACGCUAGCAUAAUGCAGACCAUCAUGGUCCCCUCGCUUCAGCCCCUAGUUAGUCCCCCAUUAGCAGACUCCACCCCUGUAGUUGUUCCAGUCCCUGCACAUGCCCCAUUUCCAGCACCAACAUUAUUACCAACAUCUACACCUGUACCUGACCCAUCAAAGCCAGUAGCUCUGCUAUCUACACCAGGGGAACACCCUGCAGUCUUUUCAAGGGUGGCAUCCCCUGAGCCCAAGGAAACGAGUCCACCCAAGGUUUCCCCGUGCCCCACGCCCCAACAUGAGCUCUCGCCAGGGGGACAAAACCUCCAGGACAUUGCCUCUGAGGAAAUAUUCAAGGCACGCUUCAAAAAGCGUGAGUCUUCCCUCAUUCGAGGCCUGAAGCUUCUCAACUGGUCAAAGCCUGAGGAGAAACCAGUAGCCUGUUUGGACUCUGACGAGUCAGGCGAAGAUGUAUACCGUCCUGGGCCCAUUGGAGCACCACUUGAGUUUUUCCCCAGGAGACUGGAGGAGAAGUCCAAGUCGGUGCAGGAUCUCCGCGAGGCCCAGAAGGACCAAGGUUUUAUGAGAAGACUCUCCAUGCGCCUCAAGAGGACUCCGUCAGCCGAACGCAAGGACGAAAAGCCAAAUGAGGAAGAACCAGUGGCUCCCAGCCGUCGGCUCUCCUGGGCUCUCCCCGGCCGAAGAGGAUCCCAUUCCCAGGAGAGAAAGGAGGUGGAGAUGAUGAGGAUGGACGGGGGAACGGAAGCCGAGGUAGAACAGGAGGUCAAGGAGCCAAAGAAGCCAAACGAGUCGCCAGUCAUGGCCAUGCGCAGGAAGAUUGAGUCGACGGUGUCCGGGAUAUCCAUGAGGAUCCGCAGUGCCUCGGAGGAGAGGAGGGUAGCGGCGGAGGAGAGGGAAGCCAACAGGCCAGAGAGCAAGAAGACACCCCUGUUCUCUAUUCUGCGCAGGUCGACUUCCGAGGGACGUAGCCUAAAGAAUAUGGCUGGACCCAGUGUCCCUCAAAACCAGCUGUUUUCUCAGUCGGGCACCGGAGCCUCCUCAGAGUCCCUGGAGUCCAUGUCCAGCAUCAAGUCGGAGACAGCGUCAAAGGGUACGAGACUUCUACCAACAUAGAAAUAACAUUUAUUUAGAAUUAACAUGUUCCCCCUACACCUGAAAAUGUCAUAUGUUUAAUUUGAGGAUGAUUACUGAGCAGAAUUAGACAAAACGUAACUUUACCAAUUAAAGGGUGCAUUAUCACUGUACAGAGACAAUGUCACUAUUCUGGAGUGGUACAUGUAGUAAGAUUCAUUAACAUUUUGGGGAAACAAUUAUGCAAAUCCCACCCCCUUCCCCAACCAAACCUUUUACUUUUUCUUGUAUCUCAGUAUGUAAGAACAAUCUUAGUAAGCACGCUUCCCUAUGUGUGCUACCAUCCCCUUUUUUCUUUGUUACUAUUUCUGUUUAAGUUUGUUACAUUUGUUCCCUCCGGCAGGGGCAGAGGGCGAACGUAGGUCCCGAUGGGACCGUUGGGGCCUAACCAGAGGCAGCAAGAAAGACAAGACGGUCUCGCAGCCUGAUAUCCCCACGGCUAUUGCCAGAGAAAAUGGCUCCAUGCGCUCUCGCUCAUACUCCAGACUGGCAUCUGGUAAUCCUUAAAGUCCCUCAUUUCUUAAACAGAUAGUUCAUCCAAAUUACCAGACCUAGGUUCAAAUACUAUUUCAAAUAUCUCAAUAACAUUUCAAAAUAACUAUUCAGAUAUAUUUUAUUUAAAAUGAAAAGUAGUUUAAUAUUUACACAAGUAGUAUAAAUACACUUGGAAAGUAUUUGAAAAUACUCAAAUACACUGACUCAAAUACACUUCCAUGCAUUUAACCCAGGUAUUUGAAAAUAUAUAGUAUUUGAAAGAAGUAAUUGAAAAUACUUUCAAAUACAAUUUGGUAGACUAUUUGGUUUAAAUAAAAUAACCAUUCAAACAAAUAAAAGGUUUAGGCUGUGUAUUUGAAAAGUGUUUUAAAACCCAGAUACUCAGCUCGGCAAAUUACAACAUUUCAUAUUGGUUUCCUUACUCUAUAAGCACUCAAUGGACAAGGAGAAACAGCAAUCCAAUAUCAUUUGUCCAGUUUUCUGAGGGUUAUGAGAAUAUUCCAUCAACGUUCCACCAAACAUACACAGAACAUGGUUGCCAUGUUCAUAGAAUACAUUUACAUUUACAUUUUAGUCAUUUAGCAGACGCUCUUAUCCAGAGUGACUUACAGUUAGUGAAUACAUAUCUUUUUAUACUGGCCCCCCGUGGGAAUCGAACCCACAACCCUGGCAUACAAGAGAUUAAUGUUCUAGGCACGUUUCAUGGGACGUUGCAAGAACUGUCAUGUGUCCAGUUUUCUGAUUGUUCUAUAACGUUAAUAUCUUAUGUUCUGAGAACAUGUUCUGAGAACCAUGUUCUGUGUAUGUUUGGUGGGACGUUGAUGGAAUAUUUUCCUAACCCACAGAAAACUGGACGCAUUAAUGUUUUUGCAACUGUCACGCCCUGGCUCUGGGGACUAUGUUAUGUUGAGCCAGGGUGUGUAAGUCUAUGUUUGUAUAUCUAUGUUGGCCUGAGUGACUCCCAAUCAGAGGCAACGAGUGUCAGCUGGUUGUCUCUGAUUGGGAGCCAUAUUUAACUGACGGUCUUUUCACUUUGUGUUUGUGGUUUCUUGUUCCGUGUUUGUUGGUUUAUGUAACCAGGGAUGUCACGUUUCGUUUUUGUUGUUUUGAUCGUGUGAUCAUCUUGAUAAAAUAAAAUGUUCGCAUUCAACGCUGCGCCUUGGUCCUCCUCAUUGGUAGACGAUUGUGACAGAAGAAACCACCAUAACAGGACCAAGCAGCGUGAAGAAGAGAGAGGAUGGACUUGGGAGCAGUGGAGUAGGAGUCUCGACUGGGCCAAGCCAAGAGAAGAGGAGAGAGGUUGGACUUUGGAGCAGUGGGGUGAGAGUCUGGCGAGAACGAUGGAGGCCUGGCCCACGGGGAGGAGAGACCCCCAGAAUUUUUUUAGGGGGGGGGCUCACGACGUCGGGGCAGCAGGAGGCCGCGAUAGAGCGGUCCAGCGGGUUGGCAGAGGAGGCCGCCAGGUUACGGGAGUCACUGGUCACCAGGGGGAAGGAGGUUGUAGAGGCACGGCGAGAGGUACUGGCGUGUGUUGCCAGUCCGGUUCGGCCUGUUCCUGAUCCCCACGUAGGGCCAGUGGUGUGUGUUCCCAGUACGGGCCGGCCUGUUCCUGCCACUCCCACCAAGUCUGUGGUGCGCGUCGCCAGCCCAGUCCGGCCCAUCCAAGCUCCCCGCACCAAGUCGGUGGUGCGCGUCACCAGCCCUGUCCGGCCCGUUCCUGCUCUCCGCACCAAGUCUGUGGUGCGCGUCGCCAGCCCAGUCAGUCCAGCACGGCCCGUGCCUGUUCCCCGCACCAAGCCAGGGGUGCGUAUCAUCAGCCCGGCUCGGCCCGUUCCUCCUCCACGCACCAAGCCAGGGGUGCGCAUCGUCAGCCCGGUCCGGUCCAUUCCUGCUCCACGCACCAAGCCAGGGGUGCGUAUCGUCAGCCCGGUCCGGCCAGUUGCUACUCCACGCACCAAGCCAGGGGUGCGCAUCGUCAGCCCGGUCCGGUCCAUUCCUGCUCCACGCACCAAGCCAGGGGUGCGUAUCGUCAGCCCGGUCCGGCCAGUUGCUACUCCACGCACCAAGCCAGGGGUGCGCAUCGUCAGCCCGGUCCGGUCCAUUUCUGCUCCACGCACCAAGCCAGGGGUGUGUAUCGUCAGCCCGGUCCGGCCAGUUGCUACUCCACGCACCAAGCCAGGGGUGCGCAUCGUCAGCCCGGUCCGGUCCGUUCCUGCUCCACGCACCAAGCCAGGGGUGCGUGUCGUCAGUCCGGCUCUGGCCAGCGGGGCCAGACCGGACCAGGGGUACUUUGGGGGGUUGGAGAGGGAGUGGGGAUCAGGCCCGGAGCCGGAUCCGCCGCCAAGGCGGAGUGCCCACCCGGUCCCUCCCCUGUGGUAUUUAGUUGGCGCGGUCGGAGUCCGCGCCUUUAGGGGGGGGGUACUGUCACGCCCUGGCUCUGGGGACACGGUUAUGUUGAGCCAGGGUGUGUAGAUCUAUGUACUCUAUUUCUAUGUUGGCCUGAGUGACUCCCAAUCAGAGGCAACGAGUGUCAGCUGUUUGCUGGUUGUCUCUGAUUGGGAGCCAUAUUUAAACUGUCGGUUUUUCCUUUGUUUUUGUGGGUUCUUGUUUCAAGUUGGUUGUGUUUGACCGUGAACUGUCACGUUACCGUCUUUGUUGUUUUGAUCGUGUUUCGCUCAAUAAAGAGUAUGUUUGCCUGCAACGCUGCGCCUUGGUCCUCAUCUGUUCCUGACGAUCGUGACACAUUCCUUGCGCAUCAAGGGAACAUUCCUAUAAAAACGUUAGUUAAAUACCUAAUGAGACUCUUAAGGGAAAGUUCUUUAAAGUUGAGAGAAUGUUUGUUGUUAGCUGGGAAGUUACUUUCCUGAUUUGUGCAGUAUUACAUUGGCCCAAGCAAGCAGUAUCAACACUGAACUUGUCCAUUUGUCACUGUAGUUAGCUAGCUAGAUUAACUAGCUGUAGUUAGCUAGCUAGAUAAGCUCACCUGCUUAGUAGUUGCAGCAUUAUCCAGCUACUGUAUUUAGUUAGCUGUUAAGCCCUCCUACGAAUUAAUUUCGGAGGCGUGAAGUAUAGCUGCUACAAUGCCACAUUACCUAAUGUUAUAUCAGUGACCGUUCGCUAAGCAAGCUAGCUAUUGAGGUGCAUUUGUUCAAAAUUGUAGAUACAGUGCAUUAGGAAGGUAUUCAGACAACUUAACGUUUUUCCACAUUUUGUUUAGUUAGUCUUAUUCUAAAAUUGAUUAAAUAAAAUAAAUGUCCUAAUCAAUCUACACACAAUACCCCAUAAUGACAAAGGAAAAACAGGUUUUAAGAAAUGUUUGCAAAUAUAUGAAGAAAAAAAAAACAGAAAUACCUUAUUUACAUAAGUAUUCAGACCCUUUGCUAUGAGACUCGAAAUUGAGCUCAGGUGCAUCCUGUUUCCGUUUAUCAUCCUUGAGAUGUUUCAACGACUUGAUUGGAGUCCACCUGUGGUAAAUUCAAUUGAUUGGACAUGAUUUGGAAAGGCAAACACCUAUCUAUAUAAGAUCCCACAAGAUCUGUAACUCAAUUGGUAGAGCAUGGCGCUUGUAACGCCAGGGUAGUGGGUUCGAUCCCCGGGACCACCCAUACGUAAAAAUGUAUGCACACAUGAUGUAAGUCGCUUUGGAUAAAAGCGUCUGCUAAAUGGCAUAAUAUAUAAUAUAAUUGACAGUGCAUGUCAGAGGAAAUACCAAGCCAUGAGGUCGAAGGAAUUGUCCAUAGAGCUCCGAGACAGGAUUGUGUCGAGGCACAGAUCUGAGGAAGGUCCCCAAGUACACAGUGGCCUCCAUCAUUCUUCAAUGGAAUAAGUUUGGAACCACCAAGACUCUUCCUAGAGCUGGCCGCCUGGCCAAUCUGAGCAAUCGGGGGAGAAGGCACUUGGUCAGGUAGGUGACCAAGAACCCAAUGGUUACUCUGACAGAGCUCCAGAGUUACUCUGUGGAGAUGGGAGAACCUUCCAGAAGGACAACCAUCUCUGCAGCACUCCACAAAUUAGGCAUUUAUGGUAGAGUGGCCAGAAGGAAGCCACUCCUCAGUAAAAGGCACAUGAGUGCUCACUUGGAGUUUGCCAAAAAGCACCUAAAGGACUCUCAGACCAUGAGAAACAAGAUUAUCUUCCAACAGGACAACGACCCUAAACACACAGCCAAGCCAACGCAGGAGUGGCUUCGGGACAAGUCUCUGAAUGUCCUUGAGUGCCCCAGCCAGAGCGCGGACUUGAACCCGAUCGAACAUCUCUGGAGAGACCUGAAAAUAGCUGUGCAGCGACGAUCCCCAUCCAACCUGACAGAGCUUGAGAGGAUCUGCAGAGAACUCCCCAAUUACAGGUGUGCCAAGCUUGUAGUGUCAUACCCAAGAAGACUCGAAGGCUGUAAUCGAUGCCAAAGGUGCUUCAACAAAGUACUGAGUAAAGGGUCUGAAUACUUAUGUAAAUGUGAUAUUUCUGUUUUUUUAUUUUUAAUAGAUUUGCAAAAAUGUCUAAAAACCUGUUUUUGCUUUGUCAUUAUGGGUUAUUGUGUGUAUUUUAUCCAUUUUAGAAUAAGGCUGUAACAUAACAAAAUGUGGAAAAGGUCAAGGUGUCUGAAGCCUUUCCGAUUGCACUGUAGCUUGCUAGUGUGUAAACAUGCUUGUCAGUCUAAACAGCCUGUUUAUACUAACAGCUGUUGAGACUAACUAGCAAACUGUGAAAGACAUAUUUAGUGAAAGGGAUUUUUUUGUAGGCCAUAGAAAUGCCCAUUGUUCUUCAUUCUUAAUCCCAUUCCCUAUUUGUCUAUCCUCCAGACUUCCCUCCUGUGUUCCACAUCAAGUUGAGGGACCACGUCCUGCUGGAGGGAGAUCCCAUCACCCUUAGCUGCCUCCCAGCUGGUAGCCCUCACCCACACAUCUCCUGGAUGAAAGGUAAGAACUUAGUAUACAGUGAGGGAAAAAAGUAUUUGAUCCCCUGCUGAUUUUGAACGUUUGCCCACUGACAAAGAAAUGAUCAGUCUAUAAUUUUAAUGGUAGGUUUAUUUGAACACUGAGAGACAGAAUAACAACAAAAAAAUCAAGAAAAAUGCAUGUCAAAAAUGUUAUAAAUUGAUUUGCAUUUUAAUGAGGGAAAUAAGUAUUUGAACCCCUCUCAAACAGAAAGAUUUCUGGCUCCCAGGUGUCUAUUAUACAGGUAACGAGCUGAGAUUAGGAGCACACUCUUAAAGGAGUGCUCAUAAUCUCAGCUUGUUACCUGUAUAAAAGACACUUGUACACAGACGCAAUCAAUCAAUCAGAUUCCAAACUCUCCACCAAGGCCAAGACCAAAGAGCUGUGCAAGGAUGUCAGGGAAAAGAUUGUAGACCUACACAAGGCUGGAAUGGGCUACAAGACCAUUGCCAAGCAGCUUGGUGAGAAGGUGACAACAGUUGGUGUGAUUAUUCGCAAAUGGAAGAAACACAAAAGCCCUCUCAUUCUCCCUCGGCCUGGGGCUCCAUGCAAGAUCUCACCUCGUGGAGUUGCAUUGAUCAUGAGAACGGUGAGGAAUCAGCCCAGAACUACACAGGAGGAUCUUGUCAAUGAUCUCAAGGCAGCUGGGACCAUAGUCACCAAGAAAUCAAUUGGUAACACACUUCGCCGUGAAGGACUGAAAUCCUGCAGCGCCCGCAAGGUCCCCCUGCUCAAAAAAGCACAUAUACAGGGCCGUCUGAAGUUUGCCAAAGAACAUCUGAAUGAUUCAGAGGAGAACUGGGUGAAAGUGUUGUGGUCAGAUGAGACCAAAAUCGAGUUCUUUGGCAUCAACUCAAUUCGCCGUGUUUGGAGGAGGAGGAAUGCUGCCUAUGACCCCAAGAACACCAUCCCCACCAUCAAACAUGGAGGUGGAAACAUUAUGCUUUGGGGGUGUUUUUCUGCUAAGGGGACAGGACAACUUCACUGCAUCAAAGGGACGAUGGACGGGGCCAUGUACCGUCAAAUCUUGGGUGAGAACCUCCUUCCCUCAGCCAGGGCAUUGAAAAUGGGUCGUGGAUGGGUAUUCCAGCAUGACAAUGACCCAAAACACAAGGCCAAGGCAACAAAGGAGUGGCUCAAGAAGAAGCACAUUAAGGUCCUGGAGUGGCCUAGCCAGUCUCCAGACCUUAAUCCCAUAGAAAAUCUGUGGAGGGAGCCGGAGGUUCGAGUUGCCAAACGUCAGCCUCGAAACCUUAAUGACUUGGAGAAAAUCUGCAAAGAGGAGUGGGACAGAAUCCCUCUUGAGAUGUGUGCAAACCUGGUGGCCAACUACAAGAAACGUCUGACCUCUGUGAUUGCCAACAAGGGUUUUGCCACCAAGUACUAAGUCAUGUUUUGCAGAGGGGUCAAAUACUUAUUUCCCUCAUUAAAAUGCAAAUCAAUUUAUAUCAUUUUUGACACGCAUUUUUCUGGAUUUUUUUGUUGUUAUUCUGUCUCUCACUGUUCAAAUAAACCUACCAUUAAAAUUAUAGACUGAUCAUGUCUUUGUCAGUGGGCAAACGUACAAAAUCAGCAGGGGAUCAAAUACUGUUUUUCCCUCACUGUAAGAGCUGAAUGUAAAAUCCACCCCUAGCCUCCAUUAUAUAGUGCCUUCGGAAAGAAUUCAGACCCCUUGACUUUUUUCACAUGUUGUUAGGCUACAGACUUAUUCUAAAAUAUAUUAAAUUGUUUUUUUUCCUCAAACUGAAAUAUUACAUUUACAUAAGUAUUCAGACCCUUUACUCAAUACUUUGUUGAAGCACCUUUGACAGCUAUUACAGCCUCGAGCACACCUGUAUUUGGGGAGUUUCUCCCAUUCUUUGCUGCAGAUCCUCUCAAACUCUGUCAGAUUGGAUGGGGAUCGUUGCUGCACAGCUAUUUUCAGGUCUCUCCAGAGAUGUUCGAUCAGGUUUAUGUCCGGGGCCCUGGCUGGGCCACUCAAGGACAUUCAGAGACUUGUCCCAAAGCCUCUCCUGCAUUGUCUUGGCUGUGUGCUUAAGGACGUUGUCCUAUUGGAAGGUGAACCUUCGCCCCAGUCUGAGGUCCUGAGCGCUCUGAAGCAGGUUUUCAUCAAGGAUCUCUCUGUACUUUGCUCUGUGAAUAUUUGCCUCGAUCCUGACUAGUCUCCCUGUCCCUGCCGCUGAAAAACAUCCCAACAGCAUGAUUCUGCCACCACCAUGCUUCACCGUAAGGAUAGUACCAGGUUUUUUCCAAACGUGACGCUUGGCAUUCAGGCCAAAGAGUUCAAUCUUGUUAUUUUUCAGACCAGAGAAUUUUGUUUCUCAUGGUCUGAGAGUCUUUAGGUGCCUUUUGGCAAACUCCAAGUGGACUGUCAUAUGCCUUUUACUGAGGAGUGGCUUCCGUCUGGCCACUCUACCAUAAAGCCCUGAUUGGAGGAGUGCUGCAGAGGUGGUUGUCCUUCUGGAAGGUUCUCCCAUCUUCACAGAGAACCUCUAGAGCUCUGUCAGAGUGACCAUCGAGUUCUUGGUCACCUCCCUGACCAAAGCCCUUCUCUCCCAAUUGCUCAGUUUGGCCGGGCGGCCAGCUCUAGGAAGAGUCUUGGUGGUUUCAAACUUCUUCCGUUUAAGAUUGAUGGAGGCCACUGGGUUCUUGGGGACGUUCAAUGCUGCAGAAAUGUUUUCGUACUCUUCCCCAGAUCUGUGCCUCGACACAAUCCAGUCUUGGAGCUCUACGGACAAUUCCUUCGAGCUCAUGGCUUGGUUUUUGCUCUGACAUGCACUGUCAACUGUGGGAUCAUAUAUAGACAGGUGUGUGCCUUUCCAAAUCAUGUCCAAUCAAUUGAAUUUACCACAGGUGGACUCCAAUCAAGUUGUAGAAACAUCUUAAGGAUGAUCAAUGGAAACAGGAUGCACCUGAGCUCAAUUUCGAGUCUCAUAGCAAAGGGUCUGAAAACGUAUGUAAAUUGCAAAUCAUUUGCAAAAUUGUCUAAAAACCUGAUUUCGCUUAGUCAUUAUGGGGUAUUGUGUGUCGAUUGCUGAGGAUUUUUAUUUACUAUUUUAGAGUAAGGCUGAAAUGUAACAAAAUGUGGAAAAAGUCAAGGGGUCUGAAUACUUUCCGAAGGCACUGUAAAUGCAUCAUAUUGCAUUGUAACUGUUGGCUUUAAAUGUACCUUUUUCUCCCUUCUCAGAUAAGAAGCCUCUGCAGAUUGACGCCAGAAUGAACAUGAUCUCCUGUCCGGAUGGCAGGCAGCUGCUGAUGAUCAUGACAACCACCAAGAAGGAUGCAGGGCUGUACGAGUGUGUGGCUUCCAACCCUCUGGCUUCGGUCUCCAGCUCCUGUACCCUCUCCCUUGCUCGUAAGAGUCACACACCUCAGAGAGGGAAAGCGAGAGAGAGAGAGAGAGAGAGAGACAUUUUGUCCUUCUUUAAUGAUACAUCCUCAUUUCAUUAAAACCUCACCACCCCCCCUUAAAAAACAAAUAUCCCCUGUACUGCUUACUCACCUUGCCCUCUACCCCACGAUACAAACCAACACCACACAUCACAAUAACCAAAACCUCACCACUUCUACAAUCGUAUAUCCAACCCAUCUUCCCCAGCUGUAUAGACAGCCCCCCCCCCCCCCCCCCGACACACCAUAUCUCCUGAAACAUCUCCACACUUUUUGUCAUUUUAUAGAACUCAAAUUCCACCUUAAGGCGCUCAGAGACCAUCCCAUUAAAUAAUAGUAAAGGGUCUGUUAUUCCCCCACCUUUUACCCUGUUCCUCCUUGUUAGCCAAAUAUCCAACUUUGCCUGAGCAAACUGAAAAUUCAACAACACACAUUUGGUCUUUUCCUUGUUUGAAUACCUGUACCCCAUUAUAAACAUCCCGACAGUAAACUCCACACCCAACCUCUCACACAGACAUUCCAACAGAGACAUUUAUGGCAUUAACCUGGCGCACACAGAAAAUACACGAAUCACAGUUUCACUCAUGACACAGAAAGGACACCCCUGUCCGACUCCCGAGUCGCACACAGAAAAUACACAAAUCACAGUUUCACUCAUGACACAGAAAGGACACCCCUGUCCGACUCCCGAGUCGACCCGUGCCAACCAGCUGUUAAUGGCCAGGGCUCCAUGUAGAACCCUCCACUGGAGGUCCCCUGACCUCUUUGGUACUGGGAGUUUGUAGAGCCCCCUCCAUCUAAAACCCACCAUACUCUCCGCCCUACAUAGCCUCUGCCAUUGAUGUGCCUUCACUAUUGUUAGGCUCUUAAUGUUCCUUACCUUAAUGCAGAGGUUGUAGAGGGAUUUACCUCCCACCCCCUCAAACUCCCCCAUGCUCGGCAUGUUCAAAUGUAACAAGUCCUCCAGACCCCCUUGCCAGUCCCCAGUCUCUGCUGUCCCCUGCAGUGGCAGAAACAUUGGUGGCCCCUCUCCCUUUGGCCGCUCAAACACCCCCCUUAUCGGCUCAGACAGUGCCUCCUGGGCUUCCCCCAGGAAUCUCUCCAGCAGCCUAAGAGAUGUCAGUCCUGUUUGUUGUGACAGGACUUCCGGGUUUUUCCACCCCUCCUCUCCCAGCAGUCGCAGGUCACCCAGCCUUAGUAAACCCGCUGCCAUCAGUCGCCUCUGCAGGGUGGCCGACUGAACCGAUCUCAAAAUGAUGGCUGGGUUGUGGAAGAUAGGCUCCUCCCACACCCACAGCCCAGGCUCCACACCCCUGCUCGUGUGGGCCUGGUAGCAGCUAAAAAUCAGAGAGACCUGCUGUACUCAGCCUCUCCAACCUCAUGAGGAACAGCUGCCGGUCCAACCCUGACCCGCCAGCUCUCCUCAGCAGCGCGCAUGCUGGUUCCCUCCAGCCGACAUCAUUAUGGUACAGCAGUCUCUGUGCCGCCUUUACUCGGAAUGCAGCCACCCUGCUCUCCAGUUCCACAAGGCCCUAUCCUCCUUCGUGUAUGGACAUAUACAACACUGCCGCCCUCAGCCAGUGAUGGCCCGACCAGAAAAAAUCCACAAGCUUGCAUUGCAGGUCUGCGAGCAGACCGGCGAGGGAGUUGAGGACAGCCAGUUUAUGCCACAGGGAAGAUGCCGCCAGGUUGUUGAUUAUCAACACCCUCCCUCUAUAUGACACUUGGGACAGGAGCCACAUCCACCUGGCCAGUCUUGACACCAAUGCCUGUGACAGCCCCUGCCAGUUCUUCCUGGUGAAGCUCCCUCAUACAUCUUCAGACUAGUCUCUAGUGCCUGCAUAUCCUGCCCAUCCCUGACCAUCACAGAAACAUAAUCUGCAUAUGCAGAAACUGCUAUGCCUAUCAACACACCCAUGCCUGUCCAGCACACUCCCUGCAGUCUCCUGCAUAGCAGGCCCAAAAAAGGCUCAAUGGCUAGUGUAUGAAACUGCCCCGAUAGAGGGCAUCCUUGUCUAAUGCCCUGUCUCACCCAGACUGGCCUACUGAGCCCCCCUCACACCUUGACCAUCCUUGGUGCCUUUGACCACACCAGCCUCUCCCCUCCCACCUCCCACCUCCUUUCUUCUUCCCCUUUUUCCUCUUCCGCUUGACACCCUCCUCCACCCCCCCUAGUUGCUUACCCUUCCCCGCUAUACUCUCCUCAUCCACUAGCAUAACCUGACUAGGCCCAGCCUCAUCUACACCACCAUCCAUGACAUGACUAGACCCAGUCUCAGUUACACCACCAUCUAUAGCCUGACUAGACCCAGCCUCAUCUACACCACCAUCUCUAGCAUGACUAGGCCCAGCCUCAUCUACACCACCAUCCAUAGCAUGACUAGAUCCAGCCUCAGCUACACCACCAUCUAUAGCAUUACAAGACCCAGCCCCUCCCCAUUCCUCACUUUAAAAUGCACAUUUAACUGUUGCUCAUUGUUAUUCAGAAACAUGAACGCUUGCUUCCGGAAUGAAACAACACGCUUAACAGCAUCUGCCUGAAAAUCUGCCGACAUUACAUGAAAACUGCUAGCAAUCUUACCAAAACGACUCAGCUCUUUCCGGAUUUGAUCAUCCGUAAUAAACAGAGGCAGAUUUGCAACUACCACCCUUGUCAAAGGAGUCGAAAGAAGACAAAUCACAUCCCUUACAAAUAUUCCACUAGCAAUGAGCCUACCCUCCAAAAUGUGCUCUUUUCAUGAACACAACCACAGCUUUGUUCAUUCUGGAUGCGGAAUGUAUAAAUUCAGCUCCUACCUGUUCGCCGACCGCGAGCAGAACCUCCUCCACCUUAACUCCAUUCUCAGGAACACACCUGAAUCCAUGCCGUAACGACAGCGUCUCCUCCGCGCUAGGCUGUGAAGCCAUCACGCACACCACAUCGUUCAAACCUCAGGAAACUAAAACUCUGUGCUCUUCCUCCCUAUCUUUGAAAAGAAAAAAACAGUGGGUACCGCUAAACUAACAGUGUGUUAACCCUCCACCAUAGAAAAUAAAAAUCAAGAAAUUAAGUAAGGACAGAGCCCUCCACACGACCUCUCAACUACUCUCAAUUUCAGGGUUAUUUGUUGGUUUUCUAUAUUAGUGUUUCCCUCUCUAUUAUUUAGGUGUGGAUAGACCCCUUGGCCAGCUCAGUUGUUCCAACUAACCUAUUCUAGCGCAAAUUCCUUUUGAAUUCUGUCACUUCACAAAAUGAUACCAAAUGAAUUCCCAUCAACUUGAUAUUCAUCUAUCUUUAGACAAACUCUCUCACAACUGAAAAUCUUCUUUAUUUAGGCCUAAUAAUUUGAAACACAUUUAUUGGUAUUGAUUGAAAAGGACUGAGUUGAAGUCGGAAGUUUACAUACACUUAGGUUGGAGUCAUUAUAACAUGUUAUUCAACCACUCCACAAAUGUCUUGUUAACAAGCUAUAGUUUUGGCAAGUCGGUUAGGACAUCUACUUUGUGCAUGACACAAGUAAUUUUUCCAACAACAGACAGAUUAUUUCACUUAUAAUUCACUGUAUCACAAUGCCAGUGGGUCAGAAGUUUGGAAAAUUCCAGAAAAUGAUGUCAUGGCUUUAGAAGCUUCUGAUAGGCUAAUUGACAUCAUUUGAGUCAACUGGAGGUGUACAUGUGGAUGUAUUUCAAGGCCUACCUUCAAACUCAGUGCCUCUUUGCUUGACAUCAUGGGAAAAUUAAAAUAAAUCAGCCAAGACCUCAAAAAAAACAUUGUAGACCUCCACAAGUCUGGUUCAUCCUUGGGAGCAAUUUCCAAACGCCUGAAGGUACCAUGUUCAUCUGUACAAACAAUAGUAUGCAAGUAUAAACACCAUGGGACCACGCAGCUGUCAUACCGCUCAGGAAGGAGACGUGUUCUGUCUCCUAGAGAUUAACGUACUUUGGUGCGAAAAGUGCAAAUCAAUCCCAGAACAACAGCAAAGGACCUUGUGAAAUUGCUGGAGGAAACAGGUACAAAAGUAUCUAUAUCCACAGGAAAACGAGUCCUAUAUCGACAUAACCUGAAAGGCCGCUCAGCAAGGAAGAAGCCACUGCUCCAAAACCGCCAUAUAAAUGCAGGACUACGGUUUGCAGCUGCACAUGGGGACAAAGAUUGUACUUUUUGGAGAAAUGUCCUCUGGUCUGAUGAAACAAAAAUAGAACUGUUUGGCCAUAAUGACCAUCGUUAUGUUUGGAGGAAAAAGGGGAACGCUUGCAAGCCGAAGAACACCAUCCCAACCGUGAAGCACGGGGGUGGCAGCAUCAUGCUGUGGGGUUGCUUUGCUGCAGGAGGGACUGGUGCACUUCACAAAAUAGAUGGCAUCAUGAGGAAGGAAAAUUAUGUGGAAAUAUUGAAGCAACAUCUCAAGACAUCAGUCAGGAAGUUAAAGCUUGGUCACAAAUGGGUCUUCCAAAUGGACAAUGACCCCAAACAUACUUCCAAAGUUGUGGCAAAAUGGCUUAAGGACAACAAAGUCAAGGUAUUGGAGUGGCCAUCACAAAACUCUGACCUCAAUCCUAUAGAACAUUUGUGGGCAGAACUGAAAAAGUGUGUGUGAGCAAGGAGGCCUACAAAAACUGACUCAGUUACACCAGCUCUGUCAGGAGAAAUGGGCCAAAAUUCACCCAACUUAUUGUGGGAAGCUUGUGGAAGGCUACCCGAAACGUUUGACCCAAGUUAAACAACUUAAAGGCAAUGCUACCAAAUACUAAUUGAGUGUAUGUAAACUUCUGACCCACUGGGAAUGUGAUGAAAGAAAUAAAAGCUGAAAUAAAUCAUUCUCUCUGCUAUUAUUCUGACAUUUCACAUUUUUAAAAUAAAUUGGUGAUCCUAACUGACCUAAGACAGGGAAUUUUUACUAGGAUUAAAUGUCAGGAAUUGUGAAAAACUGAUUUUAAUUGUAUUUGGCUAAGGUGUAUGUAAACUUCCAAAUUCAGCUGUAUACCUCUCUGCCCUACUAGGGCUACCCAAUCGUCCUGGGACUCCUGAGGUUCCCCAGCGCUAUAAGAACACUGCCCUGGUCCUCUGGAGGCCCUCAGACAAUAUGGCCCCUUGCACCUACUCUCUGGAGAGAAAAGCAGAGGGUGAGUCAUGGUGUCACACACACUCACACAAGAGAUCUGAGAUGGCAGAACGGAGUGCUCGGGUUGGGGUGUAGGGUUUGAGCAUAGCCUGAAGUUAGGGAGGGGCAGUUCCUCUUGCUGUUCCGUAGGUAAGCAACAUGUUAUUGUAGUGGAUGCAAGCUUUUAAUGGAAGCCAGUGGAGUGUGCGGAGGAGUGGGGUGACAUGAGAGACAUUAAAGUUGUAUUAUGCCAAUGAUUCAUUCAAAAUAACUGCCUUCCAUUAACUUAUUCUCUGACAAUUAUUGAAAUGUGUCUUUCUAAAUUAAAUGUAAACAUGAACACGUAAAUGUAUGUCAAUGGUCUUUCUCCCCAAGGUGAGAGUAACUGGCUUAUCGUGGCCACUGGAGUGGCUGACUGUUACUACAAUGUGGUCGACUUGCCAGGAAGGGGCAAUUUCAGGUUUAGAGUGGCGUGUGUGAACAAGGCAGGCCAAGGACCCUACAGUAACCUCUCAGAGUUAGUGUGCCUGGACGCCUCAGGUAUGUACUACAUUCUAGUAUGAAGAUCUAAUGGUAAUACAGUAUGCCACUUCAUACAUCACUAUCAUACAUUUAUUUUCCAUGUGGUUUAAAUGUUUGCACACAUGUAUGAUGUACUUUAGGCACCUGGAGAUUGACAAACUCCUUUUAAAUAUGAAUGUUUCAUAGCAAAGUCAUUUUACGAGAGUGCUCACUUGAUAAACCUGGAUUGUUUUCCUUUAGUGAUACUAAAAACGUGUUGUUCUGAAUCAACAGUGCCAACAAAAUCCAGUGGAUCAGUCGUUGUGAAGACAGUCCCUGCAGCACCAGUUGUCAAAACGUCAACAAUUACCGUCCCCUCCAUGAAGCCUGUGCCUAGUAAAGUUCCGACCCCGACCCCAUCUUUUUCCCCAUCCACACAGACCCCACCCCCCUCUGCUGCUGCUGCUCCCGCUCCUGCUGUACCAGCGGCCAAGUCUACUGCUUCUAUCCCCGCUUUUAAACCUGUUGAUUCCAAACCCUCAGUCCCUCAGACCCUAACCAGCGCCGCCUCCGCCCCCAUUGUUAUUCAUGCGGCCCAGUCCCAUCGGGCCAUCCCUGAGAUCCAAAUCCCAUCUCCAGCUCAGUCCGCUCCCGCCCCGGCCAAAGCCAAGACCACCCUCAACAUCAACGUCACGAAAUCGGCACCGUCUCAACUGGCAACCGUAACCAAGCUCGCUCCUCCUGUCGUUCUCCCCAAACCCCAGAGUCCCGUCAAUAUCGUCUCUCCCAUGACUAAGACCCCACCCCCACCUGUGGCCCCUCCCACCGCCAUUGGCAAACCCAUUUCGUCUUUGCCCAUGUAUGCGCCAAUACCGGCUACCACGGCGCGCGUCAUCCCACCAUCCUCCACCCCCAUCUCCCCCCCGGUGGUGCUGGUUUCCAGCAUGAGUCCUGUAGGGGAUGGUGGGGUUACACCCACACGUAUGACCCCGUCUGGGCGGAUGACCCCCUCCGGCACCCCGUCAGGACGCAAGACGCCCUUGGGGGGACGCCCUGGUGAGAGCUUCCUGCGCCAGGGAGUGCCCCAGAAACCAUACACCUUCAUGGAUGAGAAGGCCAGGUAAGGAUGUAAAAAGUCAUGUCCACAAUGCUCCCACUGCGAUAUGCUCAGGGAUAUUGUAGAGACAGCAUUUCCCUCAAGACUAUCCAUAACUGCGUUAUUACACUGAACAAAAAUAUAAAUGCAACAUGCAACAAUUUCAAAGAUUUUACUGAGUAACAGUUCAUAUAAGGAAAUAAAUAAAUUGAAAUAAAUUCAUUAGGCCGUAAUGUAUGGAUUUCACAUGACUGGGAAUACAGAUAUGCAUCUGUUGGUCACAGAUACACUACAUUACCAAAAGUAUGUGGACACCUGCUUGUUGAACAUCUCAUUCCAAAAUCAUGGGCAUUAAUUUGGAGUUGGUCCCCCCUUUGCUGCUAUAACAGCUUACACUCUUCUGGGAAGGCUUUCCACUAGAUGUUGGAACAUUGCUGCGGGGACUUCCUUCCAUUCAGACACGAGCAUUAGUGAGGUCGGGCACUGAUGUUGGGCGAUUAGGCGUGGCUUGCAGCCGGCGUUCCAAUUCAUCCCAAAGUUGUUAGAUGAGGUUGAGGUCAGGGCUCUGUGCAGGCUAGUCAAGUUCUUCCACACCAAUCUCGACAAACCAUUUCUGUAUGGACCUCGCUUUGUGCACGGGGGCAUUGUUAUACUGAAACAGGAAAGGGCCUUCCCCAAGCUGUUGCCCCAAUGUUGGAAGCACAGAAUUGUCUAGAAUGUCAAUGUAUGCUGUAGCGUUACCAUGAAAAACAGCCCCAGACCAUUAUUCCUCCUCAACCAAACUUUUAAGUUGGCACUAUGCAUUCGGGCAGGUAGCGUUCUCCUUGCAUCCACCAAACCCAGAUUUGUCCGUCGGACUGCAAGAUGGUGAAGCGUGAUUCAUCACGCCAAAGAACGCGUUUCCACAGUUCCAUUUCAUUAAUCUCCCGACGAACAGUUCUUGUGCUGACGUUGCUUCCAGAGGCAGUUUGGAACUCUGUAGUGAGUGUUGCAACCGAGGACAGACAAUAUUUACGCGCUUCAGCAGUAAAGUUGCUGGAUAUUGGCGGAAACUGGAACAUGCUGCUGUACGCGUCGAUCCAGAGCAUCCCAAACAUGUCUGUGCAUUCAAAUUGCCAUUGAUAAAAUGCAAUUGUGUUCGUUGUCCAUUUCUUAUGCAUGCCCAUACUAUAACCCCACCGCCACCAUGCGGCACUCUGUUCACAACGUUUACAGCAGCAAACCGCUCACCCACACGACGCCAUACACGCUGUCUGCCAUCUGCCCGGUACAGUUGAAACUGGGAUUCACCCGUGAAGAGCACACUUCUCCAGCGUGCCAGUGGCAAUCGAAGGUGAGCAUUUGCCGACUGAAGUCAGUUACGACGCCGAACUGCAGUCAGGUCAAGACACUGGUGAGGACGACGAGCAGGAAGACGAGUAUCCCUGAGACCGUUUCUGACAGUUUGUGCAGAAAUGCUACGGUUGUGCAAACCCACAGUUUCAUCAGCUGUCUGGGUGGCUGAUCUCAGACGAUCCCGCAGGUGAAGAAGCCGAAUGUGGAGGUCCUGGGCUGACGUGGUUACACGUGGUCUGUGGUUGUGAGGCCGGUUGGGCGUACUGCCAAAUUCUCUAAAACAACGUUGGAGGCGGCUUAUUAUAGAGAAAUGAACAUUAAAUUCUCUGGCAACAGCUCUGGUGGACAUUCCUGCAGUCAGCAUGCCAAUUGCACGCUCCCUCAAAAUUUUAGACAUCUGUGGCAUUGUCUUACGUGUCAAAACUGCACAUUUUACGGUGGCCUUUUAUUGUCCCCAGCACAACACCUUUUUGCAAAGAAUUUGAAAAUAUUUGUUUUUUGUACGUUUGAAACAUUUCUGGAAUCUUUUAUUUCAGCUCAUAAAACAUGGGACCAACACUUUACAUGUUGCGUUUAUAUUUUUGGUCAGUUAUUAUUAUUAUUAUUAUGAUUACUAUUAUUAUUAUUAUUAUUAUUAUUAUUAUUAUUAUCUAUUUAAUGCAUUUCCCUGGAAAGAACAAUAAUAAAAUAACAAUAAAAAGGCUAUAUACAAGGGGUACCGGUACUGAGUCAAUGUGCGGGGGUACAGGUUAGACGAGGAAAUUUGUACAUGGACAGUGAGGGAAAAAAGUAUUUGAUCCCCUGCUGAUUUUGUACGUUUGCCCACUGACAAAGAAAUUAUCAGUCUAUAAUUUUAAUGGUAGGUUUAUUUGAACAGUGAGAGACAGAAUAACAACAAAAAAAUCCAGAAAAAACACAUUAUUUAUAUAUAAAUUGAUUUACAUUUUAAUGAGGGAAAUAAGUAUUUGACCCCCUCUCAAUCAGAAAGAUUUCUGGCUCCCAGGUGUCUUUUAUACAGGUAACGAGCUGAGAUUAGAAGCACACUCUUAAAGGGAGUGCUCCUAAUCUCAGUUUGUUACCUGUAUAAAAGACAUCUGUCCACAGAAGAAAUCAAUCAAUCUGAUUCCAAACUGUCCACCAUGGUCAAGACCAAAGAGCUCUCCAAGGAUGUCAGGGACAAGAUUGUAGACCUACACAAGGCUGGAAUGGGCUACAAAACCAUCGCCAAGCAGCUUGGUGAGAAGGUGACAACAGUUGGUGCGAUUAUUUGCAAAUGGAAGAAACACAAAAUAACUGUCAAUCUCCCCGGCCUGGGGCUCCAUGCAAGAUCUCACCUCGUGGAGUUGCAAUGAUCAUGAGAACGGUGAGGAAUCAGCCCAGAACUACACGGGAGGAUCUUGUCAAUGAUCUCAAGGCAGCUGGGACCAUAGUCACCAAGAAAACAAUUGGUAACACACUACGCCGUGAAGGACUGAAAUCCUGCAGCGCCCGCAAGGUCCCCCUGCUCAAGAAAGCACAUAUACAGGCCCGUCUGAAGUUUGCCAAUGAACAUCUGAAUGAUUCAGAGGAGAACUGGGUGAAAGUGUUGUGGUCAGAUGAGACCAAAAUUGAGCUCUUUGGCGUCAACUCAACUCACCGUGUUUGGAGGAGGAGGAAUGCUGCCUAUGACCCUAAGAACACCAUCCCCACCGUCAAACAUGGAGGUGGAAACAUUUUGCUUUGGGGGUGUUUUUCUGCUAAGGGGACAGGACAACUUCACCGCAUCAAAGGGACGAUGGACGGCGCCAUGUACUGUCAAAUCUUGGGUGAGAACCUUCUUCCCUCAGCCAGGGCAUUGAAAAUGGGUCGUGGAUGGGUAUUCCAGCAUGACAAUGACCCAAAACACAAGGCCAAGGCAACAAAGGAGUGGCUCAAGAAGAAGCACAUUAAGGUCCUGGAGUGGCCUAGCCAGUGUAGUGUCGAGUUAACGUUGCUAAUUAUGCUGUGAAGACCAAGGAGGACCCGCUGACGCUGUAUUUUCAUCAUAGGGUUUAUUCAUAACAAAGGGUUACAGCGUCGAUUUACAGAUACCUGCAGAUACCCGGAGAAUAUUCUGACCUCUUUUGUCCCAACUGUGGUAUAUACAGUCAUGGCCAAAAUUGUUGGCACCCCUGAAAUUUUUCCAGAAAAUGAAGUAUUUCUCACAGAAAAGUAUUGAAAUUACACAUGUUUUGCUAUGCACAUGUUUAUUUCCUUUGUGUGUAUUGGAAUAACACAAAAAAAACAGGAAAAAAGCAAAUUUGACAUAAUUUCACACAAACUCAAAAAAAUGGGCCGGAACAAAAUGAUUGGCCACCCUUAACUUAAUAUUUAGUUGCACACCCUUUGGAAAAAAUAACUGAAAUCAGUCGCUUCCUAUAACCAUCAAUAAGCUUCUUACACCUCUCACCCGGAAUUUUGGACCACUCUUCUUUUGCAAACUGCUCCAGGUCUCUCAUAUUGGAUGGGUGCCUUUUCCCAACAGCAAUUUGAAGAUCUCUCCACAGGUGUUCAAUGGGAUUAAGAUCUGGACUCAUUGCUGGCCACUUCAGAACUCUCCAGCGCUUUGUUGCCAUCCAUUUCUGGGUGCUUUUUGAAGUAUGUUUGGGGUCAUUGUCCUGCUGGAAGACCCAUGAUCUCGGACGCAAACCCAGCUUUCUGACACUGGGCCCUACAUUGCGACCCAAAAUCCUUUGGAAAUCCUCAGAUUUCAUGAUGCCUUGCACACAGUCAAGGCACCCAGUGCCAGAGGCAGCAAAACAACCCCAAAACAUCUUUGAACCUCCACCAUAUUUGACUGUAGGUACUGUGUUCUUUUCUUUGAAGGCUUCAUUACAUUUUCGGUAAACAGUAGAACGAUGUGCUUUACCAAAAAGCUCUAUCUUGGUCUCAUCUGUCCAUAAGACGUUCUCCCAGAAGGAAUUUGGCUUACUCAUGUACAUUUUGGCAAACUGUAGUCUUGCUUUUUUAUGUCUCUGUGUCAGCAGUGGGGUCCUCCUGGGUCUCCUGCCAUAGCGUUUCAUUUCAUUCAAAUUUCGACGUAUAGUUCGCGCUGACACUGAUGCACCCUGAGCCUGCAGGACAGCUUGAAUUUCUUUGGAACUUGUUUGGGGCUGCUUAUCCACCAUCCGGACUAUCCUGCGUUGCAACCUUUCAUCAAUUUUUCUCUUCCGUCCACGUCCAGGGAGAUUAGCUACAGUGCCAUGGGUUGCAAACUUCUUGAUCAUGUUGCGCACUGUGGACAAAGGAACAUCUAGAUCUCUGGAGAUGGACUUGUAACCUUGAGAUUGUUGAUAUUUUUCCACAAUUUUGGUUCUCAAGUCCUCAGACAGUUCUCUUUUCCUCUUUCUGUUCUCCAUGCUUAGUGUGGCACACACAGAAACACAAUGCAAAGACUGAGUCAACUUCUCUCCUUUUUAUCUGCUUUCAGGUGUGAUUUUUAGAUUGCCCACACCUGUUACUUGCCCCAGGUGAGUUUAAAGGAGCAUCACAUGCUUGGAACAAACUUAUUUAUCCACAAUUUUGAAAGGGUGCCAAUAACUUUGUCCGGCCCAUUUUUUUAGUUUUGUGUGAAAUUAUGUCAAAUUUGCUUUUUUCCUGUUUUUUUUUGUGUUAUUCCAAUACACACAAAGGAAAUAAACAUGUGCAUAGCAAAACAUGUGUAAUUUCAAUACUUUUCUGUGAGAAAUACUUCAUUUUCUGGAAAAAUUUCAGGGGUGCCAACAAUUUUGGCCAUGACUGUAUGCUAUGUAAUCUGAUAUGGGUGUUCCCCUACAGACCAAUCCCAGUAGUCCACACACCAGACUUCCUCUGUUCUAUGGUGUGUCACCACAAAACUACUCCCUCUAACACUGAAUAAACCUCCUCUCAGGUUCCACUUGAAAACAUUAGCAAAGUCAUAAUUCAUCAUACACUAUACCAGUCUCCAGACCUUAAUUCCAUAGAAAAUCUGUGGAGGGAGCUGAAGGUUCGAGUUGCCAAACGUCAGGCUCGAAACCUUAAUGACUUGGAGAAGAUCUGCAAAGAGGAGUGGAACAAAAUCCCUCCUGAGAUGUGUGCAAACCUGGUGGCCAACUACAAGAAACGUCUGACCUCUGUGAUUGCCAACAAGGGUUUUGCCACCAAGUACUAAGUCAUGUUUUGCAGAGGGGUCAAAUACUUAUUUCCCUCAUUAAAGUGCAAAUCAAUUGAUAACAUUUUUUUAAAGCGUUUUUCUGGAUUAUUUUGUUGUUAUUCUGUCUCUCACUGUUCAAAUAAACCUACCAUUAAAAUUAUAGACUGAUAAUUUCUUUGUCAGUGGGCAAACGUACAAAAUCAGCAGGGGAUCAAAUACUUUUUUCCCCUCACUGUAGGUAGGGGUUCAAUCUCUAAUUCAGUUAGAAUGACUAUUGAGUCAGUUGUAAUGUUGAUACAUUUAGAGAGACAUCAUACAGUCUAUAUUAUAAGCCUCAUUAUACAACAUUUUAAAGGUUUGUACACAGUUAUACUUGCUGGCUUUUUUUGAAGUGUCAACUCAAGGUUGUCUCUUUGUUUGUCUUAAAGGGGCCGCUUUGGCGUGAUCCGAGAGUGUAGAGAGAACGCCACGGGCAACCUGUUCAUGGCUAAGAUCGUGCCCUACGAGGCAGACAGCAAACAGAUGGUGCUGCAGGAGUACGACAUCCUCAAGUCCCUCCACCACGACAAGAUUAUGGCUCUGCACGAAGCCUAUGUCACGCCCCGCUAUCUGGUGCUCAUCUCGGAGUGCUGCAGUGGGAAAGAGCUCCUCUACAGCCUUAUCGACAGGUCACACAGCAUAAAUUCUUACGUGGACCAACUAAUGGAAAUAAUUAGCUUUUUUCUGUUGUAUGAUUUUGUAUGUAAUGAUUACUUUUGCUCAGUGUAGUGUGCCUGGGCCAGGGUUGGGGUCAAUUCCAUUUGAUUUCUUCAUUGAAAAGCAAUUUACCAUCAAGGGCCACUUUGGAAAUGAGUGUUUCAAUUAAUGCUUUAAAGGGCUAUCAUCUGGGGAUGCAAUGCAUAUUUUGUGGUAUUCUUUUUUUACCCAAAUAAAUUAAAUUCAAGUCAGAUCAGAAGAAAUUGAAAUUUCAGUUUACUUUCUCAAUUGAUAGAAUUGAAAUGGAAUUGACCCCAACACUCUCAUCCUUUGUUGUCCCCCUAGAUUCCGCUACUCAGAGGAUGACGUGGUGGGCUACGUCGUUCAGGUCCUGCAGGGUUUGGACUACCUGCACAACCGCUGCAUCCUGCACUUAGACAUCAAGCCGGAGAACAUCAUCAUCACCUACAUGAACGUGGUGAAGAUCAUCGACUUUGGCAGUGCCCAGACUUUUAAUCCACUCUUCCUCAAGCAGUUCAACCCACCUGUUGGAACUCUGGAGUAUAUGUGUAAGUCAUAAGAAUGAUCUAAAUCGGUGUGUCUCAACCCAAUCCUGAGGGUUGAAACAUAGGGGUUGAAAGUUAUUGUUUUAGCCUGGCACUAACAUACCUGAUUCAAUCAAUCAAUCAAUUUUAUUUUAUAUAGCCCUUCUUACAUCAGCUAAUAUCUCGAAGUGCUGUACAGAAACCCAGCCUAAAACCCCAAACAGCUAGUAAUGCAGGUGUAGAAGCACGGUGGCUAGGAAAAACUCCCUAGAAAGGCCAAAACCUAGGAAGAAACCUAGAGAGGAACCAGGCUAUGAGGGGUGGCCAGUCCUCUUCUGGCUGUGCCGGGUGGAGAUUAUAACAGAACCAUGCCAAGAUGUUCAAAAAUGUUCAUAAGUGACAAGCAUGGUCAAAUAAUAAUCAGGAAUAAAUCUCAGUUGGCUUUUCAUAGCCGAUCAUUAAGAGUUGAAAACAGCAGGUCUGGGACAGGUAGGGGUUCCAUAACCGCAGGCAGAACAGUUGAAACUGGAAUAGCAGCAAGGCCAGGCGGACUGGGGACAGCAAGGUGUCAUCAUGUCCGGUAGUCCUGACGUAUGGUCCUAGGGCUCAGGUUCUCAGAGAGAAAGAGAGAACGAGAGAAUUAGAGAGAGCAUACUUAAAUUCACACAGGACACUGGAUAAGACAGGAUAAGUACUCCAGGUAUAACCAACUAACCCCAGCCCCCCGACACAUAAACUACUGCAGCAUAAAUACUGGAGGCUGAGACAGGAGCGGUCCGGAGACACUGUGGCCCCAUCCGAAGAAACCCCCGGACAGGGCCAAACAGGAAGGAUAUAACCCCACCCACUCUGCCAAAGCACAGCCCCCGCACCACUAGAGGGAUAUCCUCAACCACCAACUUACAAUCCUGAGACAAGGCCGAGUAUAGCCCACAGAGGUCUCCACCACAGCACAAACCAAGGGGGGGCGCCAACCCAGACAGGAAGAUCACGUCAGUAACUCAACCCACUCAAGUGACGCACCCCUCCUAGGGAUGGCAUGAAAGAGCACCAGCAAGCCAGUGACUCAGCCCCUGUAACAGGGUUAGAGGCAGAGAACCCCAGUGGAGAGAGGGGAACCGGCCUGGCAGAGACAGCAAGGGCUGUUCGUUGCUCCAGAGCCUUUCCGUUCACCUUCACACUCCUGGGCCAGACUACACUCAAUCAUAUGACCUACUGAAGAGAUAAGUCUUCAGUAAAGACUUAAAGGUUGAGACCGAGUCUGCGUCUCUCACAUGGGUAGGCAGACUGUUCCAUAAAAAUGGAGAUCUAUAGGAGAAAGCCCUGCCUCCCGCUGUUUGCUUAGAAAUUCUAGGGACAAUUAAGAGGCCUGCGUCUUGUGACCUUAGCGUACGUAUUGGUAUGUACGGCAGGACCAACUCGGAAAGAUAGGUAGGAGCAAGCCCAUGUAACGCUUUAUAGGUUAACAGUAAAACCUUGAAAUCAGCCCUUGCCUUAACAGGAAGCCAGUGUAGGGAAGCUAGCACUGGAGUAAUAUGAUCAAAUUUCUUGGUUCUAGUCAGGAUUCUAGCAGCCGUAUUUAGCACUAACUGAAGUUUAUUUAGUGCUUUAUCCGGGUAGCCGGAAAGUAGAGCAUUGCAGUAGUCUAACCUAGAAGUAACAAAUGCAUGGAUUAAUUUUUCUGCAUCAUUUUUGGACAGAAAAUUUCUGAUUUUUGCAAUGUUACGUAGAUGGAAAAAAGCUGUCCUUGAAACAGUCUUGAUAUGUUCGUCAAAAGAGAGAUCAGGGUCAAGAGUAACGCCGAGGUCCUUCACAGUUUUAUUUGAGACGACUUUACAACCAUCAAGAUGGAUUGUCAGAUUUAACAGAAGAUCUCUUUGUUUCUUGGGACCUAGAACAAGCAUCUCUGUUUUGUCCGAGUUUAAAAGUAGAAAGUUUUCAGCCAUCCACUUCCUUAUGUCUGAAAUACAGGCUUCUAGCGAGGGCAAUUUUGGGGCUUCACCAUGUUUCAUUGAAAUGUACAGCUGUGUGUCAUCCGCAUAGCAGUGAAAGUUAACAUUAUGUUUUCGAAUAACAUCCCCAAGAGGUAAAAUAUAUAGUGAAAACAAUAGUGGUCCUAAAACGGAACCUUGAGGAACACCGAAAUGUACAGUUGAUUUGUCGGAGGACAGACCAUUCACAGAGACAAACUGAUAUCUUUCCGACAGGUAAGAUCUAAACCAGGCCAGAACUUGUCCGUGUAGACCAAUUUGGGUUUCCAGUCUCUCCAAAAGAAUGUGGUGAUCGAUGGUGUCAAAGGCAGCAUUAAGGUCUAGUAGCACGAGGACAGAUGCAGAGCCUCGGUCUGAUGCCAUUAAAAGGUCAUUUACCACCUUCACAAGUGCAGUCUCAGUGCUAUGAUGGGGUCUAAAACCAGACUGAAGCAUUUCGUAUACAUUGUUUGUCUUCAGAAAGGCAGUGAGUUGCUGCGCAACAGCUUUUUCAAAAAUUUUUGAGAGGAAUGGAAGAUUCGAUAUAGGCCGAUAGUUUUUUAUAUUUUCCGGGUCAAGGUUUGGCUUUUUCAAGAGAGGCUUUAUCACUGCCACUUUUAGUGAGUUUGGUACACAUCCGGUGGAUAGAGAGCUGUUUAUUAUGUUCAACAUAGGAGGGCCAAGCACAGGAAGCAGCUCCUUCAGCAGUUUAGUAGGAAUAGGAUCAGGUAUGCAGCUUGAAGGUUUAGAGGCCAUGAUUAUUUUCAUCAUUGUGUCAAGAGAUAUAGUACUAAAACACUUAAGUGUCUCUCCCGAUCCCAGGCCCUCGCAGAGCUGUGCAGAUCCAGGACAGCUAAGCCCUGGAGGAAUACGCAGAUUCAAAGAGGAGUCCGUAAUUUGCUUUCUAAUGGUCAUGAUCUUUUCCUCAAAGAAGUUCAUGAAUUUAUUACUGCUGAAGUGAAAGCCAUCCUCUCUUGGGGAAUGCUGCUUUUUAGUUAGCUUUGCAACAGUAUCAAAAAGAAAUUUUGGAUUGUUCUUAUUUUCCUCGAUUAAGUUGGAAAAGUAGGAUGAUCGAGCAGCAGUGAGGGCUCUUCGGUACUGCACGGUACUGUCUUUCCAAGCUAGUCGGAAGACUUCCAGUUUGGUGUGGCGCCAUUUCCGUUCCAAUUACCUGGAAGCUUGCUUCAAAGCUCGGGUAUUUUCUGUAUACCAGGGAGCUAGUUUCUUAUGACAAAUGUUUUUCGUUUUUAGGGGUGCAACUGCAUCUAGGGUAUUGCGCAAGGUUAAAUUGAGUUCCUCAGUUAAGUGGUUAACUGAUUUUUGUCCUCUGACGUCCUUGGGUAGGCAGAAGGAGUCUGGAAGGGCAUCAAGGAAUUUUGUGUUGUCUGAGAAUUUAUAGCACGACUUUUGAUGCUCCUUGGUUGGGGUCUGAGUAGAUUAUUUGUUGCGAUUGCAAACGUAAUAAAAUGGUGGUCCGAUAGUCCAGGAUUUUGUGGAAAAACAUUAAGAUCUACAACAUUUAUUCCAUGGGACAAAACUAGGUCCAGAGUAUGACUGUGGCAGUGAGUAGGUCCAGAGACAUGUUGGACAAAACCCACUGAGUCGAUAAUGGCUCCGAAAGACUUUUGGAGUGGGUCUGUGGACUUCUCCAUGUGAAUAUUAAAACCACCAAAAAUUAGAAUAUGAUCUGCUAUGACUACAAGGUCUGAUAGGAAUUCAGGAAACUCAGAGAGGAACGCUGUAUAUGGCCCAGGAGGCCUGUAAACAGUAGCUAUAAAAAGUGAUUGAGUAGGCUGCAUAGAUUUCAUGACUAGAAGCUCAAAAGAUGAAAACGCCAUUUUUUUUUUUGUAAAUUGAAAUUUGCUAUCGUAAAUGUUAGCAACACCUCCGCCUUUGCGGGAUGCACGGGGAAUAUGGUCACUAGUGUAACCAGGAGGUGAGGCCUCAUUUAACACAGCAAAUUCAUCAGGCUUAAGCCAUGUUUCAGUCAGGCCAAUCACAUCAAGAUUAUGAUCAGUGAUUAGUUCAUUGACUAUGACUGCCUUUGAAGUGAGGGAUCUAACAUUAAGUAACCCUAUUUUGAGAUGUGAGGUAUCACGAUCUCUUUCAAUAAUGGCAGGAAUGGAGGAGGUCUUUAUCCUAAUAAGAUUGCUAGGGUGAACACCGCCAUGUUUAGUUUUGCCCAACCUAGGUCGAGGCACAGACACAGUCUCAAUGGGUAUGGCUGAGCUGACUACACUGACUGUGCUAUUGGCAGACUCCACUAAGCUGGCAGGUUGGCUAACAGCCUGCUGCCUGGCCUGCACCCUAUUUCACUGUGGGGCUAGAGGAGUUAGAGCCCUAUCUAUGUUGGUAGAUAAGAGGAGAGCACCCCUCCAGCUAGGAUGGAGUCCGUCACUCCUCAGCAGGUCAGGCUUGAUCCUGUUUGUGGGUGAGUCCCAGAAAGAGGGCCAAUUAUCCACAAAUUCUAUCUUUUGGGAGGGGCAGAAAACAGUUUUCAACCAGCGAUUGAGUGCUGAGACUCUGCUGUAGAGCUCGUCACUUCCCCUAACUGGGAGGGGGCCAGAGACAAUUACUCGAUGCCGACACAUCUUUCUAGCUGAUUUACACGCUGAAGCUAUGUUGCACUUGGUGACCUCUGACUGUUUCAUCCUAACAUCGUUGGUGCCGACGUGGAUAACAAUAUCUCUAUACUCUCUACACUCGCCAGUUUUAGCUUUAGCCAGCACCAUCUUUAGAUUAGCCUUAACGUCGGUAGCCCUGCCCCCUGGUAAACAGUGUAUGAUCGCUGGGUGAUUCGUUUUAAGUCUAAUACUGCGGGUAAUGGAGUCGCCAAUGACUAGGGUUUUCAAUUUGUCAGAGCUAAUGGUGGGAGCCUUCGGCGUCUCAGACCCCGUAACGGGAGGAGUAGAGACAAGAGAAGACUCAGACUCAGACUCCGACUCGCUACAUAAUGGGGAAAACCGGUUGAAAGUUUAUCAAUUUAUCAAUCAAACAUGUAUAAUAGGAAAUCCUUGUGUAUAAUAAUAUUUAUUAAAAUGACAUUUUUUAACAGGGAAUUUCAAUUUCAAGCAAAAUGUGUUCUGUGCAGCAAAUGCUCUGUAGCCAACCGCUCUGUCUCUGUGACACAAUGUGGACACAGACGGUAAGGGAUGGCUUAUAAUACCAUGUACAGAUGCAGCGGUGAACAGAUUAAUCAUAUGUUAAUACCAGGUACAGUAUGUGAACACACCCUAGUUGCGCCCCUUUAUGUGUCCUGAAUGCCUGAACGUUCUCAAACUAACCUUUGCCUAACCUGUUCUCUUUUUCCUAACCUUUCCUUAAAGCUCCUGAGAUGUUGAAAGGGGAUGUGGUGGGCCCUCCGGCUGAUAUUUGGAGUGUGGGUGUGUUGACCUUCAUCAUGUGAGUAUGGCCAAGGCUUUGGGCCAAUGCAAUUUGAACUCAUUUGAAACUCAAGCCAAUUCCCAGUUCAUUCAAGUACCAUUCAUAAGUAGCGAUUUGUCUCUAUACAGUUCUGUAAGGUUUUUUUAAAGUAAUGAAUCCAUUUUCACUUAAUUUCCUGAGCUGAAGUGGAACUGACAAGAACAGUGCAGCUAUCUACACAAUGUAACAGAUGGACACCUGCUUUACAUUAAUACAAACUUUAAAGUGCAUUGAAAUGUCUCAACACACAAAUUGUUACACAUUCAUCUUUGACUGUGUUAAUUUGUUCAUUUCAAAUGCUCUGUCCCUUAUGUUUAUUUGAAACCCAUUUGAAACGUUUUCAGGCUAAGUGGCAGGUUGCCCUUCAUGGAGAAUGAUCCACAGGAGGCUGAAGCCAGAAUCCUGGCAGCAAAGUUUGACGUGGUCAAACUCUACCAGAAUGUGUCUCAAAGUGCCUCUCUGUUUUUGAAGAAGAUCCUGUGUAGCUUCCCUUGGUAAGUGCAGUUGAUAAUUGAUACCAAUUAAGUGCCCUUUCUUUAGAUGAAUUGGUCCAUUAAUUAUAUUAUUUAGUGUCCGCACUGACAUCAGCAGUUAGUCCUUAUUUUCUUUGUCAUAGCAAUAAAGUAGGAGCACAACUCAAUUAAAUCAACGCAAUGGCCUCUGGCUCACUCCACAACAUUACAUACAUUGGAUGUUGUUAACUUGACCUGUACACAUAUUUUGCUGCGGUUGAUAAUGCAGGAUUGAGGAAUUGACGUCUUCACACUUACACCCGAUCAAAUCAAAUCAAAUUGUAUUUGUCACAUGCACCGAAUACAACAGGUGUAGACCUUACAAUGAAAUGCUUACUUACAAGCCUUUAACCAACAAUGCGGUAAAAAAAAAAAAAAAAGUGUUAUGUAAAAAGAAGUAAAGUAAAAAUGUUUAAAUAAUAAUAAUUAAAGAGCAGCAGUAAAAUAACAGUAGCGAGGCUAUAUACAGGGGGUAUCGGUACAGAGUCAAUGUGCGGGGGCACAAUUUAGUUGAGGUAAUUGAGGUAAUAUGUACAGAGUUAAAGUUACUAUGCAUAGAUAAUACACAGAGAGUAGCAGCAGCGUAAAAGAGGGGGUGGGACAAUGCAAAUACUCUUAUGGCUUGGGGUAGAAGCUGUUAAGAAGCCGUUUGGACCUAGACUUGGCGCUCCGGUACCGCUUGCCAUGCGGUAGCAGAGAGAACAGUCUAUGACUAGGGUGGCUGGAAUCUUUGACAAUUUUGUAGGGCCUUCCUCUGACUCCGCCUGGUAUAGAGGUCCUGGGCUGUACUCACUACCCUCUGUAGUGCCUUGCGUUUGGAGGCCGAGCAGUUGCCAUACCAGUCAGUGAUGCAACCAGUCAGGAUGUUCUAAAUGGUGCAGCUGUAGAGCUUUUUUAGGAUCUGAGGACCCAUACAAAAUCUUUUCAGUCUCCUGAGGGGAAAUAGGCUUUGUCAUGCCCUCUUCCUGUUUAAAGGUCUUACUCACAUCGGCUACGGAGAGCGUGAUCACACAGUCAUCCGGAACAGCAGAUGCUCUCAUGCAUGCUUCAGUGUUGCUUGCCUCGAAGCGAGCAUAGAAGUAAUUUAGCUCGUCUGGUAUGCUCGUGUCACUGGGCAGCUCGCAGCUGUGCUUCACUUUGUAGUCUUUAAUAGUUUGCAUGCCCUGCCACAUCCGACGAGCGUCGGAGCCGGUGUAGUACGAUUCAAUCUUAGUCCUGUAUUGACGCUUUGCCUGUUUGAUGGUUCGUCGGAGGGCAUAGCGGAAUUUCUUAAUAGCGUCCGGGUUAGAGUCCCGCUCCUUGAAAACAGCAGCUCUACCCUUUAGCUCAGUGCGGAUGCUGCCUGUAAUCCAUGGCUUCCGUUUGGGGUAUGUACAUACGGUCACUGUGGGGACGACGUCAUCGAUGCACUUAUUGAUGAAGCCAGUGACUGAUGUGGUGUACUCCUCAAUGCCAUCAGAAGAAUCCCGGAACAUAUUCCAGUCUGUGCAUGCAAAACUGUCCUGUAGCUUAGAAUCAGCGUCAUCUGACCACUUCCGUAUUGAGCGAGUCACUGGACUUCCUGCUUUAGUUUUUGCUUGUAAGCAGGAAUCAGGAGGAUAGAGUUAUGGUCAGAUUUGCCAAAUGGAGGGCGAGGGAGAGCUUUGUACGCUUCUCUGUGUGUGGAGUAAAGGUGGUCUAGAGUAUUUUUUCCUCUGGUUGCACAUUUAAAUGCUGGUAGAUAAAAUAGAUUGGUAAAUAGUGUGGUCUACAGCUUAUCAUGAGAUACUCUACCUCAGGCGAGCAAAACCUCGAAACUUCCUUAGUAUUAGAUUUCGUGCACCAGCUGUUGUUUACAAAUAUACACAGACUGCCACCCCUUCUCUUACCGGAGGCAGCUGUUCUAUCUUGCCGAUGCAGCGUAUAUCCCUCCAGCUGUAUGUUAUCCAUGUCGUCGUUUAGCCACGACUCUGUGAAACAUAAGAUAUUACAGUUUUGUUUUUUUUAUGUGCCGUUGGUGGUAGGAUAUCCGUGAUCUUAGUUUGUCUAUUUUGUUAUUCAAUGAUUGUACGUUGGCUAAUAGGACUGAUGGUAGAGUAAUAUUAUGCACUCGCCAUCGGAUCCUCUGUAGCUCAGCUGGUAGAGCACGGCGCUUGUAACGCCAGGGAAGUGGGUUCGAUCCCCGGGACCACCCAUACACAAAAAUGUAUGCACGCAUGACUGUAAGUCGCUUUGUAUAAAAGCGUCUGCUAAAUGGCAUAUUAUUAUUAUUAUUAUUAUUAUUAUUAUCCUUACAAGACACCCUGACCUACAUCCCCGAUAUCUCCGUCUCUUUCUCAUGCGAAUGACAGGGAUUUGGGCCGGUGUCAGAAGAAAAUCCUUUGCGUCUUAUCUCGUUAAUGAAAAAAUAUUUGUCCAGUACGAGGUGAGUAAUCGCUGUCCUGAUAUCCAGAAGCUCUUUUCGGUCAUAAGAGACGGUGGCAGAAACAUUAUGUACAAAAUAAGUUACAAAUAACACACAAAAAACGCAGACAAUAGCACAAUUGGUUAGGAGUCCGUAAAACGGCAGCCAUCUCCUCCGGCGCAAUUUCCUGCCAAUGGUUGCCAUAGCUUGUAAUGAAUGAAUAAUGUACAAAUAAUUGUGUGUCGUAUCACAUUUAUGUAAUUAUGGGAUAGUUUGUGAUUUUGAGUUAGUGCUCCUUGACCCUGGUUGUAACCUCUGUUUCAGGGCCCGUCCUUCCAUCAAGGACUGCUACAACAACUCAUGGCUCCAGGAUGCCUACCUGAUGCGGCUGCGACGGCAGACCCUCACCUUCACCACCACGCGCCUCAAGGAAUAUCUGGACGAGCAGCAGAGCCUGCGGGCGGGGGUGGCCACAAAGCACAAAGUCCUUCUCCGGUCAUACCAGAGCUCUCCCCGGUCACCCACUAGCCCUAUACCCCCUUUGCCCAUGACACCGGUCACACAGUGA